CCCAAUCAGACGAUUCCUUCGGCCCAGGAGGGAGAGAGAGUGGGUGGGGACAAUAGCGGCUUUCCUGCCUCGCGCUUCCAGCCAAUGAGGGGCGGCGUUGGGGUUGCUAAGGAGAGCGGUUGGGUUGCCAUGGGAAGCUUGGCGCCGGUUUGAGGCGGCGUCUGCGAUGUGCGCUCGGCGUGAAGAGGCAGAGAGCGGAUUAAGUGGCGAGGAGAGUCGCAGGAAGCGGUGGGUUAAAGUAGGUAACGAGGUGUGGUGUGUGUGUUUGUGUUGGGUGUUCUUUAGAUGCAUUUGUGUUCCACUUUUCCUCCGCUCUCUCGUCCUCACAACAGCCCUGUGAGGUUGGCCAGGGAGUGACUGGCCCGAGACCAUCCCAGGCAGCUUAGUGGUGAUUUGGACCUGGGUCUCCCCAAUACGUACUCCUAAACAUUUCAUCAUAGAUGCUCGAAAUCCUCGGUAUUCGGGUGUCUAGUCUUUGCUUGAAGGUCCGUAGCGACCCCCCCCAAAAAACCCCCAACAUUUACAACGACAACAAAACAAUUUAUUUAUACCCUGCCCCUCUGGCUGGGUUUCCACAACCACUCUGGCCAGCUCCGAACAGAAUAUUAAAAACACAUCAAACAUUAUAAACGUCCCUAAACAGGGCUGCAUUUAAGUUCCUCUAAUGUUCAAUCAAAAUACACCCUCUUGCAUCGUAAACACAUUACCGUAGGUAUAGCCCUCCCAUCUAAGGCAGAAAAGAUAAAGGCUUUGCCCUCUUCUAAAGUGACAGCCCUUCAUUAGAAGAUAUUUGAGGAGUGCUAUAAUCCCACCUCAACGGAUGCAGGUGGCUCUGUGGUCUAAACCACUGAGCCUAGGGCUUGCCGAGCACGUCAAAGUGCAAGUAGAUAAAUAGGUAUUGCUCCUGCAGGAAGGUAAAUGGCGUUUCCAAACGCCGGCUCCCUCGGCCAGUACAGUGAGAUGAGUGCCGCAACCCCAGAGUCGUUCGCAACUGGACUUAACUGUCAGGGGUCCUUUACCUUUACCUUUUUAUAAUCUGACAUCAGUCUUUUUUCUUCUUCAGGGUAUGCAUGUUCAACUUUUCCUCAUAAGGACUUUGUUUCCUAUACUUCUGUCCCCUUCUAGUUGGGCCACAUCCUUCUUAAAGUGAGAAGUCCCAGACCUGGACACGUUACUCCAGAUGAAUCUAAUGAGGAAUUGUUACUUCUCAUGACUUGGAAACUAUCAAGAGGCUUGGGUGCUUGUAGGCUGCACUCUGGGCUAGACCAAAGACGAAACAAGGCUUCAUUCCACCCAGGUCAAAGACACAGUUUGGCACACACAGAAACCCCACACAUUGGGAACCUCAUUUGUGUCCCUCUGGAGGCUUCACCUGGCUAGUUCCUCCAUAGCUAGCCAAAUAAUUAGACACUAGCCAAAUUAUCUGCAGUGUGUUGGUGAAAGGUAACUGCAUUUCCAAAAGUAUUAAUUCCACAGUUCACAUCACACGAACAAUUGCCCUGAUAUAUCAGAAUUAAUUGUAAAUACUUAAGGUAAACAUGCACAUGUUUGCAGACCUAAAUAUCUUGAAGGAGAAGCCCUAUUCUAUUCAAAGGGAGUACAAGUGGUUGUCCUACAAUUACAGACCUUCCCUUCAAUUGAUUUAUUCACCUGUUUAAUGUGUGCUUCACCUAAGGAUAGAGACAGACCUGGAUAACAGCUGUGUUUUGUAUUUUGUACUUCCAGAGACUUGGAAUCAGCCAUAUUCCUCCUUACCUGUUGUCCGCUGUAGCACUUAUUUGAAUAUCUACUCCCCCACCAAUACUCCAUCUUUGUACUCUUACCAGAUGCAAAAUCAUGAGAUCACCAUCAGCCAGUUCCACCCCACCCCAUCCCCUCACACUUUGUUUACCAUCUGUAGGCUGAUGAAGAAUUAUUGAAGUUUGCACACUAUUGUUAUAAGUCUUGGGUUUGUGGGUGCAAGUUGCCCAUAAUUCUUAGAAUUAUUAAAAGUUAGAAUGAAUCAAGGUUUGAUUAAACUGUGCUGGAAAACCCUGGAUUUAGCUUAUGCUAACAAGCCAGGCUGUGUGAGUGAGAAAGUUGAUUAGAGUGUACUGCUGAUAAUGCCAAGGCUGUAGAUUUGGUCCCUGUUAGGGACAGCUGCAUAUUCCUGCGUUGCAGAGGAUUGGACAAGAUGAUUCUCAGGGUCCCUUCCAACUCUGUGAUUCUAUAAUCAGUAUGGUGAUGGCCUUUUAAUGGCAAACUCCCGUAGGGAAUUUCACAAAACAAAAAAGAAUAAGCAGAGCCCCUUGGAGGAUUAGUAGAGCAUUGGAUCCUGUAUAUUCAAAGCCACUGGUGCCCCACCAGCAGAACAACAGUUUGAGGGCUUUUUGUUUGUUAGCACCAGCAGAACUACUGGUAAUACCUUACUGCUCACCUGGACACAGCUGCUACCUAUAAUAAUGAGAGAUCUAUGGCUGCCACCAUCAACAUUGGGAUUAAGAAUAGAAUUGCAUUCCUAUUAUGAUUUUUUUUUACCUGUGGAGUAAUCCUAUGCACGUUUACUCAGAGAUAACACUUACUGUGUUCAGUUGGGCUUUACUCCUAAUAAGUAUGCUUAGGAUUACAGAAUUGAACACACGUUAUAAUACUCUGGGAAGAUAUAUUUGUCCCUCCACCUUAAAAAAAAUGCUGUUCCAAGAAAUAUGGCAGUUUUCCUGAGCAGUUUAUCCUUUGUUUAACUAUUACUACAGUUAGAAAGUUUAUUUUUUGUUUUGCACAUUCACCUCAUACCAGUGCUAGAAUUUCUGUGAACAUUUAGAACUAGUUGUCUUUCUGCUGUGUGGGUGUCCAGGAUGUGAGAAUUGCUUCUUGCUCACCUGCUGUUUGAGAGUUUCUCAUCUCUGCUGUAUUAAAAGAUUGUAUCUAGGUGUUAAAAUUUCGAAAGCUAUUAGUUGCUCCUUUGUGUGUUUAUCCAAAAAGUCUACAGUAGUCCUGGUGUGUUUUCAGGACCUGAUAAUUUGCUCAUGCAUUUCAUUAACAGUUUUCUCCACCAAGUGCUUCUAUUGAUAAUCAGUAGGCAAUCUGCCAUUUUUCAUUUCUGUUUGGGUUACUUCAUAAGCAUGUUCCUGCAUGAGGCAGUAACAAAUAAUAAAGUCAACAAGCAGAGAUUUCUAUUCACUGGUCCAAGUGUUUAAUGAGAAAUCUGGUUAGUUGAUUCAUUCUUAGUCUCUCUCAGCAUUUUAUCUUUCACAAGCAUUCAGAGUACAUUAGAAUAUUUCUCAACUGCUGGUAUCUCUGCAGUCUUGCUGUUAUCUAACUCAAGAUUGCUUUUGACAGCAUUUUUGUUAUUCUUUGAUGGACAUUUUAGUGGUUGUUAAAAAGUAAAGUCAGCAGUUGUUGUGACGGGGGGAACUGAGAUGCUGUAAAACUGGAUCUUUGUUGUAGGUUCCCCACCACCACCCUUUGGCAAUCUUUUGUAGAUCCUAAAUUCAUUAUAUUUAACUAUCGGGAGCCUGUAAGGUGUUUGGCAAAAAUAGUAAGAAGGUGCCACUGCUGAGCAACAGCUGGCGGGGGGGGGGGAGCAACAAAACCUAUUUGUUGACUUGGGCCUUUUUUGAUGUUUAGGACAGUUAACCUGUUCAGCUGCUUAUUUUGUUGCUUUUACCUGAUGAAUUUUUAUAACUUGUUUUGUUAUUUUCUGAUUUUUAUUUAAUUUUAUUUCAACUUGUUAACUACUUAGAGAGUUUUUUUUCUUCUAAAAAGUGAAGCAGAUUAUCUUAGAAUCACUGAAUUGGAAGAGACUCUGAGGAUCAUCUAGUCUAACUUCCUUCAAUGCAGGGUAUAUGCUGCUGUUGUUCCACAUGGAGAUCAAACCUGCAACCUUGGUGUUAUCAGCACUACACUAUAAUCAACUGAGCUACCCAGUAUGUAAAUUAUCUAAAUAAUAUCAGUGAUUUUAAGGGCAAAAUAUAAUAAUCUCUGGGUCCGUAGAACAGUGUUGUACCUUGAUCCCCUUUUACUGUUUUAUUGUGGUGGCAUAAGAAGCUUGGGGUUUUUUUUUUAAUUGAAGAGAUAUAUAUAAAUGUUUUUAAUAAAAACAUCACAUCUAGAAAUAAUAAAAGCUUUCAAAUCCACAUUUAAAAUAAAAUAUGCAAUUUUUGCUGGCAUUGUUACCUUCAGCAUGAGUCAUUAAAAUGAAUGAUUCUAAAUCAAACUUUAAGGAUCACAGACUUUUAAAACACACCAAACUAGAGCUGGGCAGCGAAUUCUAAUCCAAGAUUAGACAGAAAUGUGAUCAAACUUGAUUACUCAUUUUCUUUUUGCCAAACAUACUUCAAGAAAUUCUUGUUUUAAAAUCAUUAAUUACCUUGUUGUCUUUAGGCAUUUGAGGCAUGUGAUGAAGACCACAAAGGAUAUUUAAACAGAGAGGACUACAAGGUUGCUGUAGUGAUGCUGUUUGGCUAUAAGCCCUCAAAGGUAAAGUUUAUUUUCUUCCACCCUGUCUUGAGGAUUGGUAUACUCAUUAAGCACCCUAAAAUAAAAUAAUAUAUAUAACAUAAAAUAAUCAGAUAAAUAUUCUGUAGUUUAUGUUUCUUGAAUUACGAAAAGUCUUCAAAGGACUGGGGUGUUUUUUCUCUUUCAAAUUGCAGGAAAUGGCAGUGAAUGUUGGCCUUACCCCAUUGUGAGUUCUUGUAUUUAAGUACCUGUAAUUGACACAAGUGUCUCUCAUUUUAAGGUGUAAUGUUUCAUUAUGUUUUUAUGUGUUGGAAGCCACCCAGUGUGGCUGGGGCAACCCAGUCAGAUGGGUGGGGUACAAAUAAUAAAAUUAUUAUAAUAUUAUUAAAGGAGAGUCCCUUAAAACACAGCACCCCAGCCCAAUAGAAGUCAGUGGGUGCAUCCUACAGAAUCAUCAUAGAUAUCGCUUGUUUCUAGCUUCAUAAAGUAUCCCUGAGAUUUUGCAAAUGUAAUGUCCAUCAUUAUGAUGGACAGAGCAGAUCAGCCACAAAAUGCUGCAGUGUGGAGUGCUCCUGUUCACAAUUCCAGUCUGCUAUACUGUUUUAUUCUGGUCCAAACCUUCAGUUUAAAAUAAAACUUCCUGGAUUUUUUUUUACAAAAUACAUAGUUGUAUGGAUUCCUUAUAACGGAAACUGAGCCACCCAGUGUAGGGAUGCUAACUUGGCUGUGUCUCCAUUUGAGCUAAAAUAAAAGCUAACCUUGGUUAUUCCAGUUUCUGAGAUGGGGCAGUUCUGCCUCAGCUAACUUGCCAACAGAAGCUGCUUUUCUUUGUUCUUUGGAAAUCAGUGUUGCAUGGUGUAAUUCACUCAUGUUUCUUUAUCUACUGCUUCUACAUCAAAGCAGAUAUUUCUCAAUAGCAUGUGUAGCCGGCUUGACCUUCUAAACUUCAAAGUUACUUAAACAAACAAAUGUUGCCCCACAGCCCAGUCAAUUAUGCAAAAUAGCUAAAUAGAAUCAUACCAUAUCUCAAAAAUAUAUGCACAAGUAGAUUGGGAAUUAAAAUUAGAAACUGCUAUUGAAAGGUUAAAUAAGUAAAUGAAAAGAAGAAUUUCAGAUGAAUAUUGCAUUCACAACUGGUAUGUUGCACAAGUGACAACAGGAGCUUCUGAGCACUGUUUAAGUCAAGACACACUUGUUUUUAAAAGUUAGAUCUUCCUAACUACUGUGUCAGUUGAGACAUAAUGCCAAACCAUAGCUUGGUGCUAAGUGAAGAAGCCUUAUGCUUGCACCUUCCCUCCUUCUCCCCUUGUUCUACUCUGAUUUCUCCUCCAACAUUUGGUUUAGCAGCAAACAAGGAUUGCAAACCUAGUUCAGCUGCUGUUCAUGAUCUUAGACUCUGUAAGCCAUGGUUUGUCCAGUUAGGGUGUAACGCUAAAAUAUGGCUUGCCACAAAACCAGGGAAAUUCAGCCUAUUUCUUCAGUCCUGAGGACAUUUAACAUCACAAUGCUGUACAAGUCUGCUCAGAAGUAAGUCUCAUUAAGUUGAAAAGGAAUACACAGGGUUUCAGCCUUAACUGAGAAAUAAGUGCUGUUGAACUCAUUGGGGUUUACUUCUGAGUAGACAUGCUUAGGAUGACAUUGCUUAUUGAUUUCCAGCCUUGAAAAGAUUUGCCUAAUGAAGUUUUAACAGAUUUUUGUUUCAUAUUACCAUGUAUAAAGAUGUGAAUCAAAGUAAUACCUUUUGUGACCAUGAGAUGUCGCUGUUAAUGCUUUCCAUAGUGAUUUGGAAAGUAGCUGAUCUAUAUUUUUCAGUGACUUUAUUAGAAAUUCCGAGGCUGCACUUACCUGUUCUCUAAUCUGUGAGAAAGCUUUACUGAGCACAGUUGGAUUUGCUUCUGAGUAAAUAUGUUUAGGAUUGUACUUUAUGUCUGUAGUCUACAGUCCAUUUGCUCCAUAUUUGUUCUGCUAAUUCUAAUAGAGUAAAUGGCUUCUAGAUUACAGUUCAGCUAUUGGUUCAAAAUAAGACCAUUAAUGAAAUUAUUUUUCACUUUCACAUAGUCAUAUUGCUUUUCUUUCUAUGGAGAAAGAUGCUAGAUAUGUUGCCAUCGUUAAAGCCUGUAAUAAAUAGCCUGAUUUGUAUGGAAAGCAAAUAAUGGUAGGAGAAACUGAUCUUUAAUUUUACAUACAUUUUUGGUAUUUAUUUCCCUUUCAAAAGUAUAAUGUUAUAGACUUGUUCAGUUCAAAAUUAUAUAGAAGUUAUUUCUUUUGUAAAUGAAGACCCAUCUGUACAUCAGUUUCUCUCAGAGCAUCCAUAUUUUGGAAUGACCUAAUUGCAACGCAGGUUGACAAUGAAUGAUGUGGAAUUUAUUUGAUAAUUGAUAUGCUAUGCAACCCUAGCUUCCCUUUUCAUUUACAUCUAUCAUUCUCUUCAUUCUUAACCUGGUUAAACUAUAAGGUUUAUCAAUCAAAACAUAACGAGUGGCAUCCAAUGAUGUCUGCCUACUUGCACACUUGAAAUCCACUUGCACAGCAAAAUUUCCCACUUGUUUUCUCCUCCCCAACCCCAGCUCUGCAGGUCCAAUUCUAAAAAAUAUUUUUAUUUGUUCUGGCGUGGGCAUAGCUUGACCUUCCUGCAAGCUAAAAUGCACAUAUCCACAAAAUAAAUUCUGUUGUUUUAUUAAGUUGUGCAUCCGUUGGGAGCAAUCUUGCCUUCAAUGCAGUUGGCAUACACAUUUGGAAUGGCAUUGUAUUUAGCAUGGGCCAAUGAGGGAAGGGAAUCAUUAGACUCAGACAAUGUGGGCCUAAGAGUAUGCUUCCUAUAAAAACCAAUUCCACUCACCUUCUCCCAUGGUUCUUUAAGCUGUAAUUGGGCAGUCCCCUCACAGUUGAAAGGAUUGACUGCUGGGACUCAUCAUUAAUAUGCUGUCAUGAAUCUUAUGGAGACGUCGUGGACAGCGUGGUCAGAUGAGGCGGAAUAGAAGGAGCUUGGAGAGUUGGAAGCGGCUGACCCAGAGGAAGGCCCUAGUGACAAGGGAAAUGAGAAUUUGGGACACCAAAAGGAGUUAUAUCCAGAGGAAGGUCCCAGCUGAGCAAGAAGUCUGGGUUCUAGGGACAGGUCUACUAGUCUGUUAGGAAUGGCCCAUCUCUGUGAUAGUGGACACCUCAAGUGCUAUGUUACGAGCUACCAAGAUAGCUCCAGUGCCCUCCCUUGUCAGCGAAGAGCCCUCUCCUUCAAUGGAGUCCUCUAAGAAUAAGUCCAGUGGCAAGUUGUCUUCACUAAUUCAUUCUCCAAGGAUGUGGAAGUGGUAGUGUAAGCAAACCAUGACUGUCUAGCCCAGGCAUAGGCAAACUCGGUCCUCCAGAUGUUUUUGGGACUACAACUCCCAUCAUCCCUAGCUAAUAGGACCAGUGGUCAGGGAUGAUGGGAGUUGUAGUCCCAAAACAUCUGAAGGGCCGAGUUUGCCUAUGCCUGGUCUAGCCUCUGUGGUGGAGUUCCCAUUUGCUUGUGCAUUCCAGAGAUUGGGACACAACCUGCACAAAUAGUCCUGCCCACACUGCUCUUGAAAAGGAGAGCAGAGGGGCAUGCCAACUGUUGAAUCAAUAUAUUAGCUAAGCUUAUCCACGUCUUGUAGUUACCUGCCAGCUUGUAACUUGUAACCCCAUGUUGGAACACAUUUUUGAUUUCACAAUUAAAGCAUUAAAAACCCCAUGCUCCUCUCCAUGUGCACUGCCUGUUUGGUUUAGCAUCUCAGCUUAAUGGGAGUUCAGAGAAAUGGAUCAUGCCUUUCAUUUUCUGACAUCUGAAGUAAACAGCUGAACUGAAGGUAAUUGUGGGUAAGACUGUGAAAGUGGUUUUGCAGAACUGGCUUAUGUAGAGGUAGCAAAUGAAACAAUGAAUUGAAAGAAAUGUACCAAGUCAUUUCUUGAUGGUGUCACUUUUGUCUAUUCUAGGUGGAAGUAGAUUCAGUCAUGGCUUCUGUGAAGCAAAAUCAAUCUGGUAUGUACAAGCAUCAUAUUUUGAUCUUCACUCUCUUUUUAACUAGCGACAAGAGCUCAAACAUGACAGAGUUAGAAAAUAAGUAUGGAAUAGCUUUAAUUACUAAAUUGGUGAGAAAUAAUAUAUUGAAAAAUAUGCAUUCAGGUUCACUUUUGGUGUACAAUAUUGAGCUAAACACUACAGAUUGAAUGCUGCCCAGCUCAAUGGAACUGGAGAAGUGAUCUUCUCUACAGCACUCCCCACCCCCCACCCCUUAUUGUGGUGUAGAGGUGAAAGUAAGGAGCUCCAGUUUCAAGUCACAAGGGAAUGGGAAACUGGAUCAUAGUCACACUUAUAUUUCAUAGUACGUAUUAUUUAUUUAAGAAAUUUCUAUCCUAUUUAAGCAAAACCUCUCAGAGCUGCUAACAUAAUAAAUAUGAAAACAACAAUAAAUUCUUGAAACAAUAGUGACAGAAAGACAGCUAAGUCUGAUUAAAACAGAAUAUAAAAACUCACCAUCUAGAAGGAAGGGAAGGGAAGGUGAGAUCUAGGCUGAUAUCAAGGAAAAUAGAGAGGAAGCAAGAGGAAAGGGACAGGGCAAAAUGUUCCAGGUUCAGUCUUCAGGUAGGACUGGUGUCUGAAACCUUGAAGGUUUGCUGCCAAUCAAUUUAAUCCUGAGCUAGAUGGACCAAUGACCUGACUAGGUAUAAGGCACUUUCACAUGCUCCGGAAAGGGUUCGCUUACUCAGACAAAGAAAAGGCAAGAAUUAUAAAAGAAUGUAUAUUACACUUUGUACUUAUCACAGCAGAAAUAGUGUUUAAAAGUGCCUUUUAUGAGAGGGGUUAUAAAGAAGAUUUAAUCCAUUUUCCCUCCGGUUGCCUUGGAGCAAGGUUGUUUUUUUUAAAUAAAACAAAAGCAGUCCUUCAGUUACGGAAAUAUAUGUUUAUAUUUGUAAGGGACUUUAAUCUGACAUUCUUCCUUCACUGCCGUGAUGUACCUGAGUGGCAUUCCUUACUCCAGCUUCCAUUUCACACCUUCCGUUUCUGCUUGGAAGUCAGUCAUCUUAUUCCUAACAACAUCUUUGAUGAAAGAUGAGAAACUGAAUCUGAACUUGAAUGGAAACUUCAGUUCAAAUGAACACACAUUGGUGUAAGAUACUUUUACUAAACCGAACAAAAUCUUUCAUGAAAAAUGAAUGAAAACCAUAUGCUGCUUAAGGUUCCUCUGCGACUCGGCAUUUUUGAGAUGAGAAGUUAUGUGUGAUCUCACCUCCAGACCUAAGUGUUUGUUGGAAGAUUUUGCAAGGGGGCUUGUUGCUUGCAAGACAGAAUGCCUUGCAUUGAUCAUAGUGACAGCCUAGCUCAGGAUUAUCUUAUGAUGUGCCAAUGCAGUUUCUCUUCAGUAGGCAUGGAUAAUCUUGUGUUCUGAUUUCUGUGAGCCUUCUAGAUGUAUUGUGAAAUUACACGCACAUUAUUUUGAAUUGUCCUGUGUUUCCUAUAUCCCCAAAUCAGUUCUGAAAGCCCCUGUGUAGAUGUGACUUCAGAAUUACGUGAAUCCUUUAAGCUGCUAAACUGACGAUGUAAGAAGAGCCCUAACUGGAGCAGACCACAGACCAGUCUAGUCCAGCUCCCUGUUUACCACUCAAGCCAACCAAACACCUAUGGGAAACUCGCAGGCAAGAGAUGAACACAGUAGCCUAACAGUGUGUGUGCGUUUGUGUGCACAAACAUUUAUAAAUAGUCAGAUGAACAAGGGAAGAUACAACAUAAGAAACCUAGAAUGAAAGGAAAUAGAGUAGAAUUUCACACUUCUCAUCUGCUAAGUGUGUAACCAGCACAGAAGGCCUAUGUGCAUAGCAUUUUAAGCCCUAUAUUACAUUCAUAAGACUAAAACGCAAGCUGGUGGCCUGGAGAAUUUAACUUUAUCUAAUGCUCCAAUGAAUACAUAUUGGGAGAUGAGUGUCUGUUAAGCAUGGGUCACUUCAUAAUGUAAGCCAGCGUGCAUUAAUGAAAUUGGAUAUUCAGGCAGGCAAAUGCAGUAUGUUUAGGCAUUCCCUGCUAUUAAAAAAUUGCACAUCAUAAACAGAACCUGAUAGUUGAAGACAGUGUGGUCUUACAAUCCUUGAAAUAGACAACAUCCCCAACCCUCUGAAACAGAUUUUGGAGGGUGCAUGGUAGUCUGCAGGGAUGAGGAUAGGAAAAGAUAAGUCCCAUUUGUGCAAGUGAAUUGCACAAAAAGAAUGCCACAAUUGAAUAUUACCCAUAAUGUUUCCAUAAGUGAACUGUGAAAACAACAUUCAGAUAAGCAGUUCAUAGGGUAGCAGGUAAGGGUGGUGCUCCUACCUGUGUAAAUGAUAUGAUGUGGGAAUGAAUCCUGUAGUUCUUACAUUAUUUAAUAUUGAGAUUCUGUUUCGUUGAGCUGUAGAUGUUGGAGUAGCGGGUGGUGCUGUGGUCUAAACCACUGAUCAUCUUGGGCUUCCUGAUCAGAAGGUUGGCGGUUUGAAUCCCCGCAAUGGGGUGAGCUUCUGUUGCUCUGUCCCAGCUCCUGCCAACCUAGCAGUUCAAAAGCACACCAGUACAAGUAGAUAAAUAGGCACCGCUUCAGUGGGAAGGUAAACGGCGUUUCCAUGCGCUCUGGUUUCCGUCAUGGUGUUCCAUUGCGUCAGAAGCGGUUUAGUCAUGCUGGCUAUGGACAAACACCGGCUCCCUCGGCCUGAAAAGCAAGAUGAGCGCCGCAACCCCAUAGUCGCCUUUGACUGGACUUAACCAUCCGGGGGUUCCUUUACCUUACACAAGUGCUCCAUGUUAUCUGAAUAAAUCAUGACGGGAGUGAGGAGCAAUAAGGUUUGGGCUUGUAUGCUCCCUUUUUUUCCCUCCAGCAUGGCUGCAAAGAUGAGUUCAGAAGCUUUCACUUUUAAAAAUAAAUGUCUGAACCCAACAAACCUAUUCAUUUUAUAUACAGUUUAUUUGAAAUAAGUUGACUUCAAAUCAUGAGUUAUAAAACUAGUUUCGUUUAACAAACUAUAGUUAACUAACUGCCCUGUUCCUCAUAGGAAAGGUGGUAUGUAAAUUUAAUAUAAAUAAAUAAAUAAGUAAAUUAAUUAAAUUUAACCACAAUUGAGGGGUUGGACAUAACACUAAAUUGUGUUUAAUAAAAAAUGGAAACAAAAAAUGUUGAAUCUCCUCACAGAGGGAGAUGUGCAUGAGCCCAGGGCUCGCUGCAACUUAUCUCUCUCACAGUGACCCAUGAUUUAUUGUGACAUUUGAACUGCCCCUAUUAUCUGUCUGUGCUCAUUAACUGUGUUCUUGAUUUUGACAAGACCACAGCUGUACCUGUUCUCCCUGUCUAGAGGAAAAAACACAGGGUUAAAAAGAAAAUACACAAUCAGAUUUUUCUGUUGACUUAAAAAAAAUACGAAAGAAAAUAGAGAAUUCUGACUUUGCAUUUUAAAUUGUAUCAUUGGCAGAAUAACUUCAAAUCAAUUCCAAGUUGUUUAGUUCAGUGCCCAUUUUUACACAUCAACAGAGCAGAACACAGAAUCAGUUGUAAUGGAGUAUCACAGGAGGUACUAAAAAAAAUAAGAUCCUUUCUAUUUAUGUCACACAUAGUUCAGUAUAGCAGCUUAAAAUCAUAACUUCUGUAUACUAACAGCCACCUGUUAUAGCCCACUGGUUUCUCUCUUUCUGCUUAUACCCAACUAGUUUCCCACCAGGGGAUUAGAUUCUUAUAAGCAGUAGCAUUAUAACCCUGUUUUAGGCUGCAAUCCUAUAGCUACAUAUAUGCCUGUAAGUCCCAUUGAAAUCAACAAAAUAUACUGUGUAAAUAUGUUUAAGCCCCAUUAUUUGUGCAGUAGAAGAGAAGUGAACUGCAGUAAUAUAAAAACCCUAUUUCAUGAAUUGUUCUUUUACUUAACAUAGUAAGAUUGCAGUCCUCCCACUUACUGGAGAGUUUGCCACAUGGUACUUACUUUUGAGUAGACAUGUAUAGGAUUGCAGGGUAAGACUGCAAUCCUGUGCACACUGAUUGGGGAGUAAAUAGUGAUCCCUCCUUCUGAAUAAGCCAAAAGUGCUAUGCUGCUUGGAAUAAUGAUAAGCAUUUGACAUAUCCCAAAUUUCUUAUUUUUCUAGGUGUAUCACUUGAAGAAUUUCUAAAUCUUAUGAGUACAAAGAAGGCUGCACAUUUUUACCAAAGUGAAGUAAGGCAGCUAUUCACUGCUUUUGACAGGCAAUGUAAGUUUUGCUUUCAUAUUAAUUUUGCAAGUCUGAUUGUUUUCCAUCACUGUUAUCCUCACAACAAGCCUGUGAAGCAAGUACAGUCAUACCUUGGAGGUUGAGCAGAAUCUGUUCUGGAAGUCCGUUUGACUUCUAAAACGUUCGGAAACCAAUGUGCGGCUUCUGAUUGGCUGCAGGAAGCAGGAACAGUCACUUCUGGGUUUGCAGCAUUCGAGAGCCAAAACGUUUGAGAACUAAGCUGUUUGAAAAUCCAAGUAUGACUGUAUGGCAGAUACUGGCAGGCCCAACAUCAUCCAAGAGCUUCAUAACCAAGAGGUGGUUUGAGUUAGGUUAUCCUCAAUCUUUGUCUGACCCUUUAAAGUGCAAUACCACACUAGCUAUUUAUGAACAAAAAGAGCUCAAGAAAAUACAGGUUCUUGUAUUUCCUGGUAUUAUUUAGUUAUUAAACCCAAACACAAUAACCAGGUCUGGAACUAAAUUGCCUCUAAACUUACGUGCACUUGAGACGUCACGUCCUUUUAAAAAAUAAUAAGAGGGAUUCACACUCUUAGGGAGCCCUUGGUUCCAGGCUUUAAAUGUGUCUUAAUCCUGAUUUAUAGAUUCACUUCUCUUCUAAAUAUUUAAAUGUCUUUCCUCAUAUACUUUCUCCUCCUCUUUAUCAAGGUAGAGGAUAUUUGUCUUUAGAAGAUUUCAGAAAAGCUUUCAGUGUUGUGGCCCCAAAGCUGCCAGAGAGGACUGUAGUUGAAGCAUUCAGGUAAGAUGAACAGAAUCAUUUGGUUGUGUUUCUAAACUGCAGACAUGGUUCAGUCCAAACCACUGCAGGCCUUGUGUCUACAAGCAAAAGGAUCUACUUAGUGGAAAGCAGAGCCAUGUUUCCUCUUCUCUCCGCACAGCACAGUCACACAGAAUGGGAGACCUGCACACAGCUCCUAUAGCCCGUCCUUUGUCAAAGAGCUCAGGGCAGCUAGUAAUAUUUGAAAACAAUAAAACAAAGGAGAAAAAUUACCAUGUAAAGCAAAUGCCGUUAAUAGUAAAACAAUCUCGGCAACAAAUAGUAAAAUCAGCAGAAUCAGAUUGCAUAAAAUGCCAAAGAGAAUUAAAAGGUCAGCAAGGCUGAGCAGCUGCUUAGCUGAGAAUGGAUACGGAGUUCCAAAGACAAGGCACCAUGACUGAGAAAGCCCUUCUCUGCUUCAGACAGUACAGGUAUUCUGAGCACAGUGCAUCUUAAUGGUCAGCCAGGAUCAUAUGGUAGCAGGAGAACUCUCUCCAUUAGCAGCUGUUCUACCUGGCUGCAUCUAAGGGACAAGUGGCAUUUAUUUAUAAAAAAUAUUUUUUCGACUGCCCUUCAAACAAAAUCUUAGGAUAGUGUACAAAAAUAUUUACAAAUGAGAUAAAAUGCUAUUAAAAACAAUACAGUCUGAUCAUUAAAAUGCCUGGUUUCUCUUAAAAGCUUAAACCACUGAAUAGGUCUGUUGAUACAGAAAAGUCUCCAAAGACAUCUGAACAUUAGGAAUGACAAAGCCUGCUGAAUCUCUCCUGGAAGAGCAUUCCACAGUCUUGGCAUUCAGUAUAUGCACCUUGAGUGCAUUGGCAGAAAAGCAAUAUAGCGUGAUGUAAACAAACAAAUAAUAGAUACUAUGCACCUCAGAGCACCUUGCCUUCUAUUCACACUGCAUUGCUAUCAGUUGGAGGUGCACUGGCAUGCACAUCUCAGGCAGUACUUGUGACAUGUGUUGUUAUUACUUGUUGAGAGCUCUGAAUCCUAACCACUAGACCACCAGGGAAGCGGCUAUGUUAUUAUUACUUGUUAAUACCUUUUCUAAAAAUCGCAACCACUGUUUGAUGAGAAUGAAUGUAUAUUCAGGAGUUUGUAUAGUAUUUAAAAUUGCAGGCGUUGAGUCAAGGGUUUAAAAGGAAAUUAGUAAUUUUUAGGGCUCGUACAGUAUAUGGUGCUGCUACCCUUUACCUUACACUAGAUGAGCUACUUUUACAUUUGCAAAAAUUGUAAGUUUUUUUCGCUUAGAGAUUGUGAUAAAUGUGUGUUGUCCCUUCUGUGCUCUGGAUAAAAGGUGUCCAAGUAAUUCCAUAAUUCAGAAGAUUUAUAUAAAAUGAAGUAAUCUUAUAUAUUUUGCAUCAAACUACUCAUGGUGGGACAAACAAAAACGUAUUGCAAAGAGCUCCAAAAAGAUCUCUCCUAACUGGGUGAAUGGGCAUUAAAACAGCAAUGCAGUUAAUUAUAAGCAACUAGAAAGUGGCUCACAUUUGAGGCAAACUUUGCAUAUAUGCUUAAAGGGUGUAAAUUGGCAGUGAUUGCCCAGGAAACAGAUACAGUGGUACCUCAGUUUAAGUACUUAAUUCAUUCCGGAGGUCUGUUCUUAACCUGAAACUGUUCUUAACCUGAAGCACCACUUUAGCUAAUGGGGGCCUCCUGCUACUGCCGCGCUGCCGGAGCACUAUUUCUGUUCUCAUCCUGAAGCAAAGUUCUUAACCUGAGGUAAUAUUUCUGGGUUAGCGGAGUCUGUAACCUGAAGCGUAUGUAACCUGAAGCGUAUGUAACCCGAGGUACCACUGUAUUGGGGUCAUAGUGAUAUAGCUCAGUGAAAAUGUCCCAGUGGCCUUGCUUGGACAACACAGUAAACCAAAUUGUGUUUUAGCAGCGCUACGUGAGCGUGUGGGUUCUCAGAGAGGAGCUUCCAGCUCCUUUGCUCCUCUGUGGUCCUAAAGGAAGCCAAGGUUUAUCUCUGAUUGUCUGAACCCAGGCUCAAGGUGCAGCUCUCUCCAGAUUGCCGUAACCAAUCAACAGUGCCAGAUGCAGUUGGUUGGUGACUCUGCAAAAAGGACUCCCAAAUUCCCCAGCAUUUCAGAUUAAAAAAGGAUCAACCUGGAGGCCAACUAGAUGAGAUGAGAACCUAAGAAGUGCCUGAAAAUGGCAUCCGUGUGAAAUGGGGGCAGGGAUCAGGACAUAGUGCGAUGCAUACAAUUUAUUUUAUUUUAUCUGUUAUCCAUAUGACAGAUAAGAUAGCAAAAUACAUGUAGGUGAUAUAAGCCUGAGUUCAUCAUAUGAGGAACUUGUGGAUAUAGUGAGUACAUAAUAGUACAUGGACUGUGUUAUGCCUAUCGGUGUGGUUGCUUGAGAGCAAUCAGGCAAGAUCCCUCACUGGUCUUUUCAAAGGCUUUAUUAUUGGUGCAAAAACAUUUACAAUGCAGAAUGCCUCUAUUCCAUGUCUUGCUCACUCACUAGCAGAAUCUGAGAGUGGGUGGUCCUUAAACUUUCCCCAGCAGAGUAGUCUCUUGACCCCCAGCCGACGCCUCCCCUCUCUGCACGAAAGCCUACUGCGCAGGGAAGGCUUGGGUAAAGGGGGACCUCCCUCCUUCCCGCUUUGCUCAGGCACGGUGUCCUGGCUCUUUCUUGCAUCCUCCGAGCCCUGCAGCUCUUCCCCACUAGAGGCGGGGCUUCCUUCCUCUGCUGAGGAAGUGCUGCUUCCCACGAUUUUUGGAGGCUCUCUGUAAUCCAUCUGCCCUUCCACCUCUCAGCUCUCAGCUGAUGGCAGUUCCCUGACAGACUGGCACCUCUUUUUAAAAGUAAGGUUUUAUAUGGCAGAUUUAGAACAGAUUAAAUAAAAAUCAUACAAAAUAAUCCAGCAAUGUGCAUCUCGUGAGUCAAGUGACUUGAGAGGGGAGAAGAUAAACUGUGCUCAGCUAAAUGCUGCUGCUUUCUAUUCUUGCUAAGCAUUUCCAGUUGUUGCAAAGUUUUGACAUGCAGGAAAAACUCUCAGGGGUAUCAUUAGUUAGAAAAUAUUCCCUACUAAAGUGCAGAGCACAGGCCAUUAAGAGAUAGUAUAUUACAUGCCAAGCACUUAAGAAUAUACAACACACUUAUACAAACAAAUCCAAUAGUUGUCUGCUGGGGUCAAGACACAGGUGGUUGUAUGAGCCAGUGAGAGUGUUUAUGUAUGUGCUCAUGCGACUUACACGCACACAUGCAUAUAUAUAAUGAAAAUAGUAUUUUUAUGGAACUGUACACAUUAAUUUAUAUGUUACUUGAAAUAGCAGUGUUUAUGUAGACAUAUUGUUUUAAAUGUCUCCUUUGCUUUGGGGAGUGCAGUCCCAUUAUGUGUUUUACAAGCUGGUCUCUGACCGUAAUAAUAAAUUAUUAUUACUAUUAUUUAGAUUUCUUUUCUUCCCCUUGAUUAAAAGUCUUCUAAUUUGUUAUAAACAGAAUAUUCUGAAUACGACACAUGCCAUCAAAGUUUUACCAGUUUGUACACAAAAUCUUUAUCAUGUGGAACACCAAAAUAAACAUGCAUUAAUAGAUCAGCUGAACCAUUUGGUGGUGCUAAAUAGCCUUUUCUAGGCAAGUAAUAAAAAAGGACAAACUAAUACAUGCAUUUGAUAUUGUUUAAUGGAAAUCAGAAUUGUCUUCCAUCUUGCACAGUAUGGUUUUUCAAUGUAGCUUUUCAAGAUGUUCAUAUUAACCAAUGCUGUUGAAAUCUGUGUAAUAUAUUCAAUUUAUUAUGGUCAACAUACUAGAAAUAAUAACAAACAUAAAACUGUACAGUGCAUCAUUAUUUUAAGUACAGAGUAAUACAUAAAACAAGAUAUAAAAAAUGACUUUGGCUCAGGGAUGCGUAUAUAGAAGAUAACAUAUGAGUUAAGUAGCUCUCCCUCCCCAGUGAUCAUUCCGACUUGAGAUAGGUAAAAUCUGUUAUACACAUGUAACCGUUUGUCUUAGGUGAGUUUGAGGUUACUGUUAAGCUCAUUAUUUGAUCUAGUGUCUAGACUGUAGAAGAUACAUUAUUAUUAUAGCAGUGAAUACAUAUCAGUUUCCUUUUAAGCUGUCUGUUAUCUUAAGUCUGAAAUGCACAUCAGGCACUUCAUGUGGGCUAAAUCUGGAAAAGUGUUACGUUGAACUGAUAUUAAUUUCCCUCCCUCUUGUUCCUGAAUUCCAACAGUCAACCAAGCCUAGCAAACAGCAGGCAUACAAGGGCUGGAUCUAGGCACAUCAAAGAAGCGAUUCAGUUAAAUGAGUUGUAAACUUCAUAUAGGGGAAUCCCAGUGGCGAAAAACGAGACUCCACAGCGCCAUCUGGUGUCACAGUUCUAUAACACACGUAUUUAUCUUUACGCUGCAUAGUAUUGGAGCUAUACAAUUACUGGUAGUGCUGCUCUUGUCCUGCCUGGAGCCUCUUUGCCUAGGGUAUCGCUAGUGUAGGUACAUGGCUACCUUGUCAAUAUUAAGUGUUCCUGGUGUUUGCUGGCUACUUCAGCUUUCUGGGAUGGUGGACAGAAGGGGAAGGUAAAGCAAUUUGUUGAUUGCUAAUGUAUAGACUAACUUGAUGUCUUACUAGCAUGGAACAAGUGGCAGUUUUUGUCUGGUAGCAUAGACUUCAACACUUUUCUUUUGUUAGCUCAGGUUUAAAUUGAUGUAGCAGGUCAGAAAAAAUGAUAUGGCAAUAAAUCACUGUAUUUCAGCAAAAUGUAUUGUCUUUAUGCUAUAAUUCAAAAUGGGCAUCUCCUGUACAAGUUGUCAUUCAGAGACCAGUUAACAGAAAGGCUUGCAUAUUUUGUUGUGAAGUGCUCGUUUUAUAAGUGUGAACCCAUAAAAAUAAUAAUGGAAAGGAUGAGAAGAAGCACAGGCCAAAAAGGGAGGAAAGUUUCACACCUUCUAUUACCCUAUCAACCUGGGAAGGGAGACCAUCUAGGACAGUGGUGGCGAACCUAUGGCAUGUGUGCCAGAGGCAGCACUAAGAGCCCUCUCUGUGGGCACGUGCGCAGCCGGCAAAGCAGAGCCGUUGCUGGGUUUUGGCAAAGUGGGCGGCCGCUCCCCCCCCCAACGCUGCUGCAGGUGGGCAACGCUCCAUAGUGUGCGUGCCUCCCACAGCAGCAUGGGGGGGGGAGUUGCGCGCCCGCCAACCAGCUGGCACGGAAGGGAGGGAGGGGAGCGGGAAAACAACAGGUCUUCGGGUGAAAGAGAGCGAGAGCAUGCACAGGAAGGGACAUGUGUACAACUUGCUCACCAUACUUCCUGUUCCGGGCUGGGAGGGAGGAGUGGCGCCCUUGGUCUAGGUGGACGCCGCUCUCCGCCUCCUUGAGGCUCCUGAAAGACACGGGCAGGAGAUUCUCUGUAGUGAUAGUGCGUGUGAUUGGUGGCUGUGACAAGGGCUGUUUUCGAUUUGCUGCCAUUGCGGUGGAGACAAUUGGUGUAAGUCUGUGAUGCUGGUGAGCGGUUUUCUGCAAUCCCUCCACAAAAACCUCAACAAAUCUUGAUAAUACCCCCCCAAAAAGCUGAACAUCUCUGGACAAUCCCGCCCCUGCCCCCAGCUCUUAGUGGCUGUUAAUACAACCCUCCAGUGAACCUUCUGGAAAAUGUGUAUUUCCAAGAUUUGAUAGCUCAUAACUACUUUUUUUUGAGUAAUACCAGUGCUUUUUUUCUGGGGGGACGCAGGGGGGUGGGAGAUGAAAAUUCACUGUAUUUAUUUUCCCCAAUUAGAACAGUAUUUAUUUCCCCCGAUGGUGAUUUUCUUGAGUCAGAAUGAGAGUAUCCCUAAACAUUUUUUUUAGAAAAAAAAAUACUGAAUUUUAACAUAAAAUUAUGUAUCAAUGGAAAGGGUUACAUUAACCCUAACAUAUGAGGUUUUUCCCCUAAACUGAAACCUUAGUAUUCAGGUUAAAUUGCCAUGUUGGCACUUUGUGAUAAAUAAGUGGGUUUUGGGUUGCAGUUUGGGCACUCAUUCUCUAAAAGGUUUGCCCCCACUGAUCUAGGAGAGGUAAAAUUCUGGUCCUAAAUAUUGGCUGCCUUGCAGCAUACCGGGUAUCUUCAGAAAAAGAAGAGGCUGAUGAGUAAAGCCUACACAAAUCCGAAGUGGAGACCUUAAGGCUGUUGGAUGGAGUCUUGUAUGCCUCCUUCCGGCAACUCAUGCAUCUGAGCUGGUGACAAACAUAUUGCUCUGCCUUUCUUUGGACCACAUCAGCAAGACCAAGAGAGGGGUCUGUCCUAUUUUCUGGGCAGCCCAGGACUGCCAUACACAUUGCCCAGGUUUGCACCCCGGGGAAGUCACUUUGGUGCUGCUAAGGCAGCAGUUUGACUUCGCACCCCCCCCCCCGAGGUGCAUCGCAUUGUCUCUUGAGACAGACAGAUGCCAACAACAAGUCCUGGACUGUCGUUUUCCCAUUUCCUUCUCCAUUGAAUAUGCAUGCAUCCACUUUUCUAACAAGAGAAUAAAGUUUGCCUAUUGCUGUCAAAAAAAUACCACCCACAAGCAGUCUUUAAUUAAAGAAGUUAUUCAAACAUAAAGUUGUUAAUCAGGAAUAUUUUUUUAAAAAAUCCUUAGUUUUGCCAGUUCACAUCUAUAAAGAGUGAUGUGAUGACAAAAAUGUAGAAAGGAAUAGAUGCUAUUCUGCAAGUCUUGGUUGUAUCAGUUGAGCAAAAAGAAUUGUGGAAACAGGGUUCUGCAAACAGAUUUCUUCUAAUGAGUGUAUAGAGACCUAUCUGUAUAUUAGCUGAAAAAGCGUUCUUAUACAUUGAGAUAACUCAUGGAUCCUAUACUUUACCCCAUAAGAAUCCCUACGUGGCUCAGUCUUCUGCACUACACCUGAUUAUUAUUUCUGCUUCCAUGGUUCUUUGGAUCAGGGUAUGUGAGAUGACAUUAACCAGAAGCAGAUAGUACAUUCUAUUGUGUUCUGCAUUUUAUGCUAGUUUACACUUGGAUGAAUAGGAUCACACACUAGAGGCAUACUAAUGCCUGGCAUAUUUUUGUCUCCUCUGCUCCAAAAUGACCUCAUUGUUUCUGGCCUAUAAUUAUUCAGUAAUAUGAAAAUAACCUGGUUUUGUGUAGAUAAUCUUCAGUCAAGAUCUUGUGCUCUUUAUGAAAUUUUGAUUUAGACAUGUACUGCAGAGCAGAGUGAAUAUGAAACAUUCAUCUUCCCAUGGCUAGUUGCCAUGGGAACAUAGUAUACAGUGCAAUGUCAUUCCAGUUCUAGAGAUGUCUGCAGUAGUUUUUCUUUGUUGCUGUCCUUUCUUAGGCCAUUGUGUUGCAGGCUGCAUAUUUAAAGGUGCAUGCAGCUGUAUGUACAUGUAGCAUCAUCUUUGCAGAAUAGUCUCUAGUGGCUGACACAUCUGCUGGCAUGCUUUUCUCCUAAGUCAUAACUCUCAUUUGGGUCUGGAAUAAUAGUAAAAAGUUCACAGUUCUUCACAUUUUGGUUCUAUAGAAUGAGAUGCAAAAUGUAUCUUUGUUAGCCCAAACAGACCAUGUAGACAUGUUCUGAAAACAGGGCACUAGCUUACAUUAGAUAAAGAUGCAGAGAAAAUAAUUCCUUUAUUUUCCCCUACAGCCUUCUAUAUCCCUCCCUGAAGUAGAUUGUCCAUCUGCUACAGCGGUAUUCAUUAAGAAAUUACUAAAAACCGAUCCAGAGAUAGAAAAUAUUUGACAGGGUCAUUGGAGGGAAAUGUACCUGAGACAAGUAUUUUAUUUCAACAUGCUAAAUGUAAAUUGCUUUAUAUUUUUAUUUGAAGACUGUUUUUGAAUUUCAGGCCACAGUUGACUGCAACAGGAAUUAAUUUCCUCCUGCCUAUUACUUUAUUCACCCCAUAUUCACCCCUCCAUUAAAAAAAACCCUUUCAUGCCUCAUUAUUCAGCUUUUGUUUACUUUCAUAUAUUCUCUAAAGAUUUUAUAUUCAAAUAGCUCAGAUUUUGUCAGUAUCUUAAAAAACUGUUUAGCUAAUUUCAAAUAUAGAUUUGGUUUAGUAUGUUCCUUAAAUAUUUUUGCUUUUAGAAAUCCCCAAAGCGUGCUCCUGUUCUUCUCUGUGUGACCCAAACACCCGUCUCUUAAGAAGCCCACUGUGGCUCCCUCCUACUUCCUUUUGUUGUCAUUGUGAGUAGCUUCUAAAUUAAACUCACUUAAUGGUAAGGAAUCUGUGUGUGUUCCUUGACCCAGGCUUGUCCAGUUGAAGACAAAAGCUAAGCUUACAGUUACAAAUGGGAAACUAAUGAUUUGAGUACUACAGAUGCAGAUACGAUGCAAUAUUAAUUGCACUUUUAUGGAAGCAUGUUACAUCAAAAUCAGUGGGACUCUUCAACCUAAAUGUGAUUAGGAAUGACGUUAGAAAUCUUAUUUUUCCAACAUCAUUGUCCUUUUUCUCCCUUUAAGCAUUUAUGCAAACUGAAUGUUGUUCAUUUUGCAACCCUAGGAUUUAUGGCCUGCCUCUGCUUAUAAAAUCAAUUAUAUCCUUAUGCAUAUAUUCUUAACUGAUACAGUCAUUAAUUUAGUGAAUUUUGCUGUAGGUUUUGGUAAACUUUUUGCUAUGCUAGUAUUUGUGCUUAUAUAAUUUUCUUACCUCUGAUCUUUCUAUUCGUAUAUUUUAAGGUUUGGAUAAUUGUUAAUUUCAGAGUCAGGAGUUUAAGCCCCAUGUUGGGCAAAAAAUUUCUACAUUGCAGGGGUUUGGACUAGAUGACCCUCAGGGUCCCUUCAAACUCUACAGUUCUAUGAUUCUAUGUACAUGUAUACGUGUGUUAAUCAUUAUUGGUAGAUAGAAAUUAUUUAGGGAGGAAAAUGUGGAGAGGGCAAGUGUAAAUAUUGCAGAGGAAGGAACAAGAAAUUGAAGGCAUAGUAAAUUCAAUUGUGAUAGCAGUUUGAAGUAGAAUAGUACAUAUGGGAAAAAGAACAUGUUCCAAGAUAACCGUACAUCUUAAUGUUAUGCAUGUUGCUUAGCAACAAACAAUAAAAAUGUGGACUAAUGUGUUAAAAGUAAUUCAAGAGGGGAAACCAUGUAUGUCUUGUAAUCAAGUAUUGUAAGGGGUUAAAAGCAAGAGCUGGAGAAUAAAGAGCAGGUGUCCAAAAAGCUGCAGAAAAAUAUGAAAACAGAUUCUUGUCUCUCAUCAUUUUACUUCAAAGUAGCUGGCACAGGGGGAGUCAUUGGUUUUCAAACAGCGGCGCACCAUUCACUUUUGUUUGUUUGUAACAUUUUAUAUUCUGUCUUUCCUCCAAAGAGCUCAAAGCAGUGUUCUGACUUCCCCUUCAACAGAACAACUCUUAGACUAGGCUAAGAGAUAAUGACUGGUCCAUGGUCACCCAGUGAGCGCCAUGGUUGAAUGCAGAUUUAAACUCAAGAUAUCCUGGUAUCGGUGCAGCAUCCUUAACUGCUGUACUGGCUCCUUUUUGCAAAUCUCAUAUUAGGAACAUAGGAUGUUGCCUUAUACUGCAUCAGAUGGUUGGUCCAUCUAACUCAGUAUUGCCUCCUCCAAGGUUUCAGACAAGGAGACAUUUUCAGCCUUACCUGGAACUUAAAGCUGAGACCUUUCGCAUGCAAGGCAGAUGCUGUACCACUGAGCUACGGCCCUUCACAUUACAGCAUUUCCAAUAUAUAAAUCACUUACAAUGUAUAAUAAAAAUAUUUUAAGCUCAUUUCAAACUUUUCCUUUUUUAUAGUAAUUUUUUACUCAAUUUUCAGAAGUUAAACAUGUAUACUUCAAUACAUAAUAGGUUUGUCUUUUCCUGACUUCCCACCCAAUUUCCCAUGGUGUUUUAAUUUCCUCCCCUCUGCUGUACAGUGCCUUCUAUUUCUUAUACCAAAUGCAUCAAUACUGUAUUCUCCAAUUCCUUCUACUGCUCAUAUUUCAAAUCCUGCUUGCGAGUUCAUCAAACUGUAAUAUUUCCUUAAAUAGUCCAAAAAGGGCUUCUAUUCUUCCACAAAGCAAUCAUCGUUAACUUCUCUUAUUUUGGUUGUUGGUUUCAAACAUUUCCAUGGUUCAAGGUAGGAACAGAUCUUUGGAGCACUAUUGUAGCACUUUUCUGUAGUGAAACAUCAAAAUAACAACAUUGUUUGGAUUGUGAUCUUACGGUUUUAUACUAUGCUUUUAUGCUGAUGGCCCAUGGUUAAUCCAGUUACAGUAAGAUAGGAAAUAAAAGUGUGAGCAAAAUCUUGAGUAUAUCUCCAAAUCUGGGAGAGCUGUGUACAGCUAUUAACCAAAUGAAAAACAACAAAGCCAGUGGACCUGAUGGGAUACCUGCCGAAAUCAUCAAAGUGGGCGGAAUUGAACUUACACAACAACUUCACAAGCUCAUUGAAAAAAUCUGGGAAAGAGAAGAAAUCCUAGCAGACUUUAGAGAUGCCAAAAUUAUCAGUCUCUUAAAAAAUGGUGACAGAACUGAUUGUGGAAACUAUCGAGGCAUCUCUCUAUUAGCUGCGGCUGGCAAAAUUCUUGCAAGGAGCUUAGCAAACCGUCUCGUAACAAUAUCCGAGGUGACCCUUCCUGAAUCCCAAAAUGGUUUUUGGCCUUCUAGGGGGACAGUGGACAUGAUUUUCACCGCUCAACAGCUUCAAGAAAAAUGCAGAGAGCAAAACCAAACCCUGUAUAUGGCGUUUAUUGACCUAAGGCUUUCAACACUGUAAAUCGUAAUGCCCUGUAGACUGUCCUUCUGAAAAUUGGCUGCCCAUAUAAAUUUGUAAACAUCAUUCUGCUCCUCCAUGAUAAUAUGACAGCAACAAUCGCAAAUAACAAUGGCUCUCAAGCUUUAUUCAAAACUUUAUUAUUGCCUCAACUUUAUUCAUUAUUUUCAUUCCAAUGAUCCUACACUUUGUUGAAGGGAAACUCCCCACCGGAGUAGAAAUCAUAUAUCGAACAGAUGGAAGGCUCUUCAGUCUGAGCAGGCUAAAAGCAAAGAGUAAGGUUACCGUAACUUCCGUCAUAGAGCUUCAGUAUGCUGAUGACAACGUAGUGUGUGCACGCUCAGAGGAUGACCUCCAAACCAUCCUAAAUAUCUUUGCAGAAGCUUACGAAGCUUGGCCUAUCACUCAACAGCCAAAAAACCAAAGUGCUACACCAACAAGUACAAAAUAACCCCUCUGCAGCACCACAAAUCCAACUCAAUGGUGUAACAUUGGUUAAUGUUGAUCACUUCUCCUACCUAGGCAGUUAUCGUUCCACAAGAGCCAACAUUGAUGCCGAAAUGCAGCAUCGCCUGAGCUCUGCGAGUGCUGCUUUCUCCCAACUGAAGUGCAGAGUGUUUGAGGACCGGGACAUUUGCAGGGAAACCAAAAUGCUUGUUUACAAAGCUAUUGUACUACCAACCUUACUAUAUGCUUGUGAAACAUCGACCACUUAUAAACGCCAUCUCCAACUACUCGAAAGAUUCCAUCAACGGUGCCUCCAAAAAUUUUUACACAUCACUUGGGAAGACAGGCGAACUAAUAUCAGUGUACUGGAAGAAGCAAAGAUCACCAGUGUCGAAGCAAUGAUUCUUCAACAUCAACUUCGUUGGACUGGUCAUGUUGUGCGGAUGCCUGAUGAUUGUCUUCCAAAGCAACUACUCUAUUCCAAACUUAAAAAUGGACAGCGUAAUGCUGGUGGUCAACAAAAGGGGUUUAAAGACUGUCUCAAGGCAAAUCUUAAAAAAUGUAGUAUAAACACUGACAACUGGGAAACACUGGCCUGUGAGCACUCCAGUUGGAGAACAGCCUUUACCAAAGGUGUCGUGGGCUUUGAAGACACUCGAACUCAGGACGCAAGGGAGAAACGUGCUAGGAGGAAGGCACGCUUGGCAAAACCACACCGUGAUCAACUCCCACCCAGAAACCUAUGUCCCCACUGUGGAAGGAUGUGUUGAUCCAGAAUUGGUCUCCACAGUCACUUACGGACUCAUUGUUAAAACUGUGUUUAUGGACAGUUAUUCCUCAGAUAUGAGGAAGUAAAAGUGUGUGCUGCGGGGAGAGGAAUGUUUCAUUUAGCAGGCAUGAGAGAACAGGUGACUUUUAAGCAGGAUUUGGGUUUUCGUUUUCAUUUAUAAAAGAGGAAAUAGAUGGAUUUGUGUGGGCAUUGGUGACAAGGGAAUUCCAGAAUAACUGUGUUUAUCUUACUCGCCUACGAGUGAUCGCCAAAGAAGAAGAUAUUCCCUUUACGCAGAAAUUUAAACAUACUUGGACAAAGAAUUCAUUGCUUUUCUACAGAUUUAAAAUGUAUGCUUAAGAUCUCACCAUUUUCUUGAUUCCUUAUUUUUCAUACUUAUUGCAAUUAUGCAUACAUGAUGGUUGACUUGGCUCAGGAGAAGGCACAGCUGACCUGAUUUCUGUACGUAGUGGUAGUAGACUUUGCAGGCCUCCAAGGAAGCCAUUUAACUGUUAUGUGUGCCUUCAUUUCUCUUUUCUUAAUAUUGGCAUGCUUGGCAAUUUCACAUCUGUAGUCUGGAAUCCUUCUGUGCCACAUCCACAGGGACCUUUUAUAACAAAAUCUAAUGUUAAUGCAACGGAGCUGUUAAAAUGAGUCAACCAAGAAUAAUUUUCUCAUUUUAACAGAAGUGAGCAAUGAAGAAUCUGCUAUUCCAAAACAUAUAAUUAAGCAUGAAGAAAAUAAUGUAUUGAAGCCUUUUCUGGUGUUCAUUUCUUUUUCAGUUUCAUUAUCCAGAUAUUGUAAGGUGACAACUCAGUGUUGAAUAUAAGCCAGCACUGUGGUACAACUGGAGGCUGAGGCUAGUGGAUUGCUUGAGCUCAAGAGUUUGGGGCUGCUGUGAGCUACGCCAAGGUUACUAGAGCAUCAACAACAGAAGUUAGGCUAUCCCUGUCCAGAUAGGGGCUCAGCUGGGCCACCAGCUGAAACUGAUGGAAAGCUGAUAAUAUGCCCCAAAGCUGAUGAUACGGCUCUUUACUUUCUUCAUUUUUUUACUGGCUAUAUUUAUUAAACUGUAAACAGAACAAGUAACAUGAUGCGGUCCCAAGUCACAAGCAGAGUAAGGGAGAGACAGUGAGGAAAACCAGAAUUAGCAGAUAUGAGGAAGUAAAAGUGUGUGCUGCGGGGAGAGGAAUGUUUCAUUUAGCAGGCAUGAGAGAACAGGUGACUUUUAAGCAGGAUUUGGGUUUUCGUUUUCAUUUAUAAAAGAGGAAAUAGAUGGAUUUGUGUGGGCAUUGGUGACAAGGGAAUUCCAGAAUAAUGUGACAUGAUGGAAAAUGGUGUUAGAAAGAAGGAAGGGAACAUGGGUUUGAAUGAAAAUACUGGAACCAGCAGAACAAAAAUAAAAUGAAGAGUAUAGAAAAGAAGAAGAGAUGGGCAUAAGAGAUGUAAGCAAGAGAGUUUAUAGAUUGAUAAAAUUCUGCUUUCAUUUUUUUUAUUCUUGUAAUUUAAUUAAAUUUCUAUUCCACCCUUUCUCCCAAGGGAGCCCAGGGUGGCAACAAAGCAGCAAAGCAAUCUUUAAGAAAUAAAAUAAAUAAAAACAUUCAAAACAGUCUGAUAUCCUCACAGCUAAUAAUUUCAAGGUUGCCCAGAACAAUAUCUUUCAGAUACUGCCUGUACAGUCAUGUUUCAAAAUUCAUACUGAAUGAGGAAGACAGAUGGACUACACCUGUCUCACCAGAGACGGCGUUCCAUAAAUGGGGAACCACUAUUGAGAAAGCCUUAUCAUGGAAAAUGACGCCCUGGGCAGGAUUUCUUCUUUUAAAUUACUACUACUGCCCUUUGGAGCAAUACUUGAGACCUUCUAAUUGCAAAGCAAUAUUUGCUUAAUAUUUUGGCCCACCUCAAAAGCCCAGCCAACCUUGGUAUCUCAGUGGGGUCCAAUAACAACAAGAUGGGGAAAUGUUCCCCCCUUACAUUUCCUCUGUUUAUCCUCUAUACCAUAGACGUUUUAGUAUCUUCCAGACUUGUAUUAGGAUAUAUGACUUCCCUUAUGGCAAGUUAAUUUUAGCUUUUUGCUGCCAUUUCACAUCUUUACAGCCACAGUCAUGUGAGAUCCACGGCAACUCUAAUGAUCUAUUUUUUCUUCCUUUUAAGAAGGACUGGAUUCAUUUUGCUUUGCACAGCAGUUUGAAAGUUCACACAGGGAGAAAUAUUUCAUACUAUUUAUUACCAGUUAUGAAUAGUGCCUGGAUAACAGCACUUCUAGAAAUUCUGCAGAAUUGCCAUCUAGCACCAUGGCAUGCUGGGAAAGGAAAAUUUGCCAUGGCUGGCAAGCAUUUUUUUCCUCUUGGAAAGUAACCCUAAUGAACUACGGCAUUGCCACCUAAGGUCCUAUUUCAAUCCCCAAAAGUGACUGUAGUUCUUUGCCCCAUUUAUCUCCUUGCAGAGAGAUACCUGUUUCUCGAGUUGAUUGAUGACAGUUACGUAUGGGGUUUCCUUUGCCUUUUGGAACCGCUAGCCAGGAUUCAGAGUGCUAUAAAAUGAAUUCUACACACAGAGCAGGGUGGUAUUCUGAGGUUUAAUUCUGCAGCCCUCUUCCAGUGCUCCAAACCUCUGGAAUCUGCAAAUGCUGCACAGAAAAAUCCUGAAAUAAAAAUCUCAGAAUGCAUGUGUGCAACAAGUGGAGAAGAUGAUUUGAAGGUGUUCCACUGAAAUUGUAAAGGAUACGUCACAAGUUUGCUGGCCUGAAGUAUUCAGGAUAUGAUGUAAUGCUAUUUGUUCUCUGCAAGUGAUAGGACAAAUAAAAGUAAUGUUCUAGGACUUGCAAGUAUCUAAGAAGAUGACUUGAAAAGUGAACUGAACUAUUCUUGGAUGUGAUUAAGAGAUAAAAUGCAUGGGAUUAAAUGGAUGAAAGGUUCAAGAAAAUGUAAAUGGGCUCCACUGUGGAUCCCGCUUAAAGUUUUCCAGUUCUUGUAUUAUGUUCUCUUCUGAGUAUGGACAGACAACUAGUGUUACUGAAGGGAUUGUGAUGUUUUAAAAAUAACAGUUUAAACCAGUAAGACAUGGACUCCAAUAUAGUUGGUUUUAAGCAGCUCCCUAUUAGUGGAUCUUUGCCAAUUUGCUGUUUCUAAACAACCCAAAAUUUAAAAAAACAAAAAACUUGUGGGUUGUAAAAGUUGCUGAUAGGGAAACUGCCUUUGAUACCAACUUUUUUCUGUUGCUUUUUAAUGAGUUUUCCUUCUUGCACUAAACCUCCAAACUUCUACAAGAUUCAGGGGAAUUGGGGCAUCAGUGUGGGGAUUUACAACAGGGAGAUUGUUUCUUAGGAAGGAAAAUUCUUAAGCUACAUUUGUUUCAAAAUCAUUCAUAAGUACAUAAUUACAGUAGGUCCUUCUCUUUGGAAUAUUUUUUUCUGAAUUUGUAAAUCUCUGUUCUCUGCUUUCAUAUGCCUUGUUCAUGUCAGAGUUUUAGCCCAUGUGGCUUCAGGAUUGUGUCCAAUGCUGUAUAAGUGGGUUUCUGCUUGUGCAGCAGAAUGUCCUUUCCUCUCCCCUCCCCAAAAUAAAACCGCUCUGGAUGGUCCCCCAAUACUCAGGAAGAUUUUGAAUACACACAGGGGGCUGUAGGUAGCAGGAGAGUAAGGGGAAUUUCUGUUGUACACAUGGAAGCGUGUUGCUCGGACGGCACUGCAGCAUGGGAUACAAUCCUCAGUUCUUUUUAAUCAAGUAGUAACUUAUCCAUCAACAAUUUCAUUUCAAUUAAUGCUGCAUGAAUGAAAUGUCCAUUGUGUGCAAUCAUACCCCUUUAUUACCAAGUUAUUAAAGUAACAGCCCUUAUGCAUUUUGCUCGGAACUUGAGAAGUUAAUGGGCUUAAAGAAGGUUGCAGAAUAUGAGAUAGAAACAGUUACGUUCUUGAGUAGUAUGGAAAGCUGGAGCAAUAAGAGAAAAGUCUUCAUUCAGUGCUUUUGUCUGCAAGGUACGAUAAUAACCUUGAGCUCAAAAUUUAUUUAUAGUAUUAAUAGAAAGAAAUGUCUUGGGGACAAUACUGUGAAUAACUUUGCAGACGCGCCACUCCUAGAGUGAGAGAACAUUAAAUUGAUAUCCAGGUCUACUCAUUUCUUCACAAAAGAUUUUUGUAUUUUAUGGAAGAAAUAUUAUGUGCAUUGUUUUGUGGGAUGGGGUAGAAAGAAACAAAAUCUGUAGAGUUGGUGAAUGUUCAGUGAGAGCUCCACUACCCAAUAUAAUAUUACGUUCAGGUGGUGCAAGCCACCUUCUUCCUUUCUCCCACCUUCUGUGUCUUGUCUCCUGCUCUAGACAAUCCCACAAAAGCAUUUAUAACCCAGUGCUUUGUCCCAGUCCCAUUGGGGCUUUGCCCACAUAUAAAAGCACAUAGAAUUGAAUGUGGGUGAAAGGAAGAGAAGCCCACUGGGGAACACACACACACAUGCGUUCCUUAGCAGAUACGGCUAUCUUUGCAAUGAAUUUGAUUUAUCAUGCACCUACCACCUCUGUGUCAGGACCAGCCCAGAAUUUCAUGAAACCUGCUCAGAAGACUGCACCAUAUUGCCAGCCCUUGCAUAUGUGGUUUUUCUCAUGUGGUGUAUCUGCUGUUUAUCCCAUGCCAUGGCAUGGGAACUUGAGAAGUGGCAGUCAUACCAAUCCCUUAACGGAAAUGUUGAGUCCAAACCCGCUUUUCCCAAUCUCAUGCCCCCAGAUGUUUUUUGAGUUCAGCUCCCAUCAUUGGCUGUGCUUGCUGGUAGUUCAAAACUUCUGGAAGGGUACCACAUUGGUCUAAACUUGUAGCGCAUUUGGUGAUUGGAGGUUUGUUUCCACUCAUUUUCUCCCAUGUUUCAGAAGCUGUUAUUGGAAAUAAUUUGAGACAGGAAUCGGCCUUGCAAACUUAUGUGCUGCAGUUCUCAGCCUAAAGUCAUAGCAUUCUGUUGAUUCUGUUUUCUUCAUAUGGGACCACUCCCAAGUUCAGACUGAGACAUUUAACCUUUUACUAGUGUGGCACUCUAGAACUUCAGUUAAAUUAUAAUUAAAUUUACACUCCAGUUCUUUAACUGAGGAGGACAUCCUCUGUUAAUUUUAUUUCAGUUCUACAGUAUUAAUGUUUUUAAAUGAUUGCUCCCCCCCCCCCCGUUUUUAGCUGUUUCCAUUUUAGUUGUAAGAUGCCCUGAGUCCCUGUCAGAAAAAGGUGAGAUAUAGAUAAGUAUAAAAAAAUAAAAAUUGUUUGAUGGCACUCUUGAAGAAGAAGAAGAAGAAGAAGAGGAGGAGGAGUUUGGAUUUGAUAUCCCGCCUUUCACUCCCUUUAAGGAGUCUCGAAGCGGCUAACAUUCUCCUUUCCCUUCCUCCCGCACAACAAACACUCUGUGAGGUGAGUGGGGCUGAGAGACUUCAAAGAAGUGUGACUGGCCCAAGGUCACCCAGCAGCUGCAGGUGGAGGAGCGGAGACGCGAACCCGGUUCCCCAGAUUACGUGACUACCGCUCUUAACCACUACACCACACUGGUGUAGUGAGUAACAUAUUGCAGUAAGAAUCCUCAGCAAAAACAAAAAAGCACUUUAUUUUUUAAGUAUCCACACAUUUUCAUUCUAAAGAAUGCAGUCUCUGCAUAGGAAAUAUUACUUCCUGGGCUGUCUUCUUUUAUUUAUCUUUGUAUUUUGCUUUUAUCAUUGUCGACAGAUUUGCUUAAAGUACUUCGGUCUGAAAUAGAAUAUGGGUAUGGUCUUGGAGUUUAAAAUAUUUUCAAUCAUUGGGGAAAAUAUAAUUCUAAGAAGAGAAUUUAUAAAUAAUGGGAUAAUAAAAUCUUGAGAUAGAAAAGUUAUAUUAGGUCAAGUAGUCAAUUUCCCUUUGCCACAUGAAGAUAGUUUGCUUUCUAUUAGGUAUGUUGUUCACAUUGAUGUAUGCCAAGCAGAGCUCUACUUUUUCUCCUGGGAUAUCAUUCUGUGGGAAUGUAAGAUAUUAUUGAGGAGUUGGGGAGAAAAUCAAGGUCAACUUCAAGCUAUUCCGGAGCCUAGCAAGUUCUUUUAGUAAAGGUAAUAUUCAACAUCAGCAUGUUUCUAUCUAAUGUUUAAAUAUGGAACUAUGCCAUGGCAACCUAAAACAGCAAAAUGAUUGGACAUUAUAAUGGGAGAAGAAAUUUAUAAAAAAAAAAGUUACUGGCAAGCUAUAUACAGCCCCCAGCAUUUAAGAUUAUUGUCAAUACAGAACACAACAGUACCAUUUUGUAAAUCUGAGUAGUCUUCAGAAUUGGAAAAGGGAUAAAAUUAGGAUGGAAAGAGAAGGGAAAGAGAUCCUUUUAGGUUUUCCUAUGUGGUCUGUGUCCACCCUCUUGAAAACUCAACAACAAUGCUGCAGCAGACAGUAAGAGACUUAUACUAAGGAGAACUGAAAAUAUUGGACAUAUUUACUUAGAAAAGAAGGAGGGGAGUGUAAUGAAGAAAGAAGUCAGUCAAUAUAAAUUUAAUCUUUUUAAUUUUAAUUUUUGAUACCUAAGGUGAAGAAAUUUUUACAGAUUGCACAACUUAUUUCUUGGCAAGAAAUUAAUAUCUGCAGAUCCAAAAUGUUAGUUGGAACAGAGAAAUAUUUGGAAAUAAAAAGCUUGAAAGAAUAUAAAUGUAUUUUUACGUACAUAUCAACCUCUAACUGAUGACAGCUAGGAAUAAACUUCUAUUAGAAACAGCCUAUUCUAUAAUGGGUCUUUCCUGUGACAUAUUUGCUUAUUGAAUACUGCUGGAGAGGAGAUACUUAGACCUGAGAGAUCACUGAUUUGGCCAUUAUGACAAUCCCUUUGUUUCUUUAUUUUGCUUUCCAUAGAUUAUUGUUGACUUAGAAGGAUAAAGGAAAAGGAAAAGCUAUUUCAGCUCAGAGGAUGGAUUAGGCUCUGUAUCCAAUCCAGUUCUAAUUUUGCAGGGCUUACUUAUACCACAGCAAUAGCAGACCCUUCUGUGUGAUCAAAAAUCUUUGUCUUCUAUGACUUGUUAAAAGAUCAUAUACUGCCUUACAUACUGUUAAGUAAGAAUAUAAUCGAUAUUCAAAAUCUAUUAUGAAGUGUAGCAUUUUACAUUGUUUUUGUUUGUUUUUCCUUUUAAACAGCUUCUUAAUAGCACAGACAACAAAUUAUGUUUGUCAAUGAGUGUGUGAUUCAAAUGUGUCAGUUGGACUGAUAUUCAUAAACUGGUACAUAACUCUGGUUCUAAACAAGCCUGAAAUUGGGUUAAUAACAAACAUUUUCAUAACAUUUCUAAUCAUAUAUUGAAUUGCAGCAUACACUUUUCACCAAAAUGUAUUCUUUGAUUUAUCAGUUUCCUAUAAUGGUAAAUGAACACUUCUUCAACAAGUGCUACAAAACUUGCAUUUCUUUAUUUAGACUCUAAGUAAAAAAAUGCAAGUUUUAUAUCACUUGCAGGAAUUCCCCCUAAAUUUUUGGGAUUACCGUCAAAGCAGAUAGCCACCAGUUUUCAUGAAGAAAAUUUGACAUUCCACUGCAACAGGCAAAAAUGAACUAGUUCAUUCACAAAUAACUAAUUUAUACAGGAAUAGUACACUGUCAAAUUGGUUCUGCAGCCAGUUGUUUAGACUGGUAUAAACAGGUCUACUACUUGCAUUUGGGAGCGGGUGGCGGUGUGGGUUAAACCUUGCCGAUCAGAAGGUCGGCGGUUCAAACCCCCGCUCCCAUUGUUUGGUCCCUGCUCCUGCCAACCUAACAGUUCGAAAGCACGUCAAAGUGCAAGUUGAUAAAUAGGUACCGCUCCGGCAGGAAGGUAAACGGCGUUUCCGUGUGCUGCUCUGGUUUGCCAGAAGCGGCUUAGUCAUGCUGGCCACAUGACCUGGAAGCUGUACGCCAGCUCCCUCGCCCAAUAAAGCGAGAUGAGCGCCGCAACCCCAGAGUCGGUCACGACUGGACCUAAUGGUCAGGGGUCCCUUUACCUUUAAACAGGUCUACUGCUUGCAUUUGGGAGCUUCUAAACUCCACCUUUAAGCAGAAUUCUUAUGGUGGUUUCAAAUAGCCUCCUGGGCUUUUGGAUCAGAACUCCAUUGGGUAUGUGAAGCUCUUGUCCCCUUUCUCUCAUCCAUGAGCAGAAGUGCUUUCCACUCACAUACUGAGAACGAUCGUAUGUUACAGAAAUUCAUUUUUUAUUAAAAAAAAAAAAUCUGAAUAUUUCAGUGAGCCCAACUAAAACCCCAGUUCAGGCAAAGCAAACUCUUUUAAGUUCAUUGAUUCCAGUAGUAGAGAAAGGAGCCCACCCAAAACAUUUCAUUGAAGUUAAGGAAUUUAAAAGUGCUUGAAUGGUAGUGCCAAUUUUUCUAUCGAGAAAACAUACCUACAUUUGAGUUGUUGCAAUAUGGAAUAAACUGAGAUUUUAAUCAAUAGUUCAGGCAGAUGUUGGAAGUGUAGAUCAAUGCAGAGCAAUUUCUAUCAAUUUUCUGGUUUGUAGCUGCCUGGCACAAUUUUCCUUUAAUAAACAUUAGAGCAUGCCACUGUUUAUAAAAGCUGCAAAUUUUGUGGAACUGCAUAUGCUAAAUAUAAUGUUCUGUUGCUCCAUCUGUUCUUACUAAGACAGCUAUGGUAGCAAUCUAUAUUAUCUAGCCUGAUGAAAUCCUAAUGUGUUAUUUUAUACUUAAACAGAUGGGUGAAUCUAAUCGAUAAGGAGUUAGGAAAUAAUGUUCACUAGGAAAGCAUAAGCAUAGAUUUUUAAAACAAUCCAUUAUGGGUCUAACACUAUUUUGACCUAAAUGUUUUUAGAAGAUGCAUAUACAGCUUGAACCUAAGAACUGCUACAUCAGUGAAGUAUUGAAUGGGAUGUAUCAUUCAGGUGCGGGUGCUUGAUAGGGGUCGUACUUUUGAUGCAAGGUUGAGGAAUGUAUCUCUAUUAGGAGCAGCUACCACUUCUUGUGAGUAGUAACAACUAUGAAUUACUGAAAUUGGAUGAGACCAGAAGUAGGAUACAAGGAGAAGCAGUGCAUACCAUGCUACAGGCAUUCCAGCCACGUAGCAACCCCUACCAAUCACCCAAAGCUGAUGAGGUUUUUUUAGGAGAUCACAAAAUUGUAGAGCUUUUUUUGUGGGGGGGGGAUCAGCCAAAGUUGUUGCACACCAUAUUCUUAGGCACAAAUCUGCCAUGGACCACCAUAAGCAUUUGACACUCUGGCCAACCAAUAUAAUACAACCACCAUGCAGAGAAGCCUCCUUAGAAUUUCAGAAGAGUUGCGUUUUUUGUGUCUGGAAUUCAUUUGUUGUAAAAAUGCAAAGUGUUUCAAUUUUAAAACCCAGCAUUUAUAUUCUUUCUUAAAUGUUUCUGGAAUUUAGAUUAACAAGUCCAAUAGUAGAUGGCAACGUCUGCCUAAUGAUAUGCAUUUUACUGUUACUGUUUAACUGCAUUCAUAUAGCUGCUUUGUAACAGAAGUUCUCUGGACAGCUCACAAAAGAAAAAAUCAUAAUAAUUUUACCAUCUUUAAUACUAAGGCCAUAGCCAUCUUUCCCAUUGGUCUUAGUGGUUUGUUGUGCCAGGGCGCCGGCCUCUCAGGGGCCCUAGCGAGUGGGGGAGCUGUGUGGCUUUGCUGGCAGCCUCCCCUUUCCCUGCAUGCCCACCAGCUGCGCCCCGCCAGCUACCGUAUUUUUUGCCCUAUAGGACGCACUUUUCCCCCUCCAAAAAUGAAGGGGAAAUGUGUGUGCGUCCUAUGGGGCAAAUUCAGGCUUUCGCUGAAGCCUGGAGAGCGAGAGGGGUUGGUGUGCACCGACCCCUCUCGCUCUCCUGGCUUCAGGAAGCUAUCCGCAAGCCUUGGGAACCCGCGGGAGUUCCCGCCGGGCUCCCUAGGCUUGCGGAUAGCAGCCUACAGCCCGAAACCAGGGGAGCGCAGCGGAGCGCGCCCCAGGCUUCGGACAGAUAUCCGCAAGCCUGGAGAGCCUGGCAGGAGUUCCCGCCAGGCUCCCAAGACUUGCGGAUAGCAGCCUGUUCUGAGGGCUGGGGUCGGAAAUAAAAUUGUUUUCCUUUAUCCCCCCCCAAACUAGGUGCGCCCUAUGGGCCAGUGCGCCCUAUAGAGCGAAAAAUACGGUAUAUGGCUGGCGGGCGUGCAGCUUCCUUCCCAAGUCUCAGCUGGAGGAGAGCAGUUUCUGCAGAGGCUUAGGAAGGAAGCUGUGCACAGCUUCCCUCCCAAGCCUCUGCAUCUGCUAAAGAUGGCCCUGCUCCCAGUCGUUGUCCUCUUCCUGCUUCCUGGAAGCACGCAGCCUUCCCGAGCUGCCUUCUCUCUCUCUCUUUUUUUUCAAAAUGAUAUUUAUUAACAUUUCAAAAAAUACAAGAAUUACACAAAAACAAAAAGUAAAAAUACAAAAAAAUAGGAAAUUCAAAAUACAGAAAAAGAGUAAAAGACACUUAAAAAGAAAAAAAAGGAAAAUGGAUCAAUCUUUCCAUAACUUACAUUCAUAUCCUUGUUUCCCUGACCUCCUCAUACCUCCCUUUUUUGUAUUCCAGUUCAAGUUCAUUAGUUAAGUCAGCAAUUUCUUUCCCUCUUUGUUUUCUCAUAAUUCUUUAACUUAAUAUACUAUAACUUUAAAUUUUCAUCUGUUAUCAGUCCUUUUUUACCUACACCUUUAUAACAUUACUGCUUAAACCACCUAGCUUCAUUCUAACAUCAUUCUAACAUUCAUUAAUUUUACAAUAUUUCUGUAAAUAGUCUUUAAAUUUCUUCCAAUCUUCUUCCACCGACUCUUCUCCCUGGUCUCGGAUUCUGCCAGUCAUUUCUGCCAAUUCCAUGUAGUCCAUCACCUUCAUCUGCCAUUCUUCCAGAGUGGGUAAGUCUUGUGUCUUCCAAUACUUUGCAAUAAGUAUUCUUGCUGCUGUUGUGGCUGCCUUCUCAGGCGCCCCAGUGCCGGAGAGCAUGUCAGCCAGCACAUUUUCCUGCUUGAUCGCCGCCACCACGCCAGGAAUCGGGGUGGUGGGGGAGGCAGAGGACAUUUCCCACCGCCCCCUCCCUUGUUUUGGAGUUGCGGGGGGGGGGCGGAGGGAUCUUUGCACCACGGCGCCAGAUAUGCUUAAGUCAGCCCUGACUCAGGCUUAUAUCUGCAUGUAUUAAUCAGCAUAUGGUGACUUAAUAAGCAAGCAACCAAAUUGUGGCAAGUUCAGCCUUUCUUACACAUUAUAUUUUUUUAUACAGUUUGCUGUCCAAAUCGUCUUGUACAUCCUUAGAAUGUUUUCUGCGUUGCUACCAGAAACAUAAUGGUUCAGCCAAGAGGCAAAGACCUUACGCAUUGAUCUCCUUGGUCUGUCUCCCUCUCCCGUCCCUACCUGUUAAAAUGAGCAUGGUGAUUAUAUAUUUGGUUUCUUUUUUUGGAAGGCCUUGCUAUGGUAAUAGUCCAUGUGGCUGGAAGCAUAAUUUCCCUCCUUGAUAUGCAUUUGUUCUAGCUAGAUUGUAAUAUGCCAGAACACUGCUGAAUGAAGUGAAAAGCUCUUCAGUAGCUGAUGUUAGAGGAUUAAAUGAUGACCAUUCCUGUCCCAUUUCUCUUAUCUCAUAAUCAAGCUUAAGAUGGCACUAGAUGGCUCUGUUAGAGUGAUUAUAUAUUUGAAAUAGAAAUUAUUUGAUCUCAACUUAGGUAUCGCAGCAUUUAGAGAAGACUCGUUUCUUUCUCUUUAAUGCUGAAUAUAUUUGUAGUGCUUUAUAGCUUUCUACUUAGAUAUAUUUGUGCUUAAAGGGUACUUCAGUCUAAUAGGGACAUGUGCUGCAGGGGAAAUUUCAAGCUUUUUUAUUUACACUGCUGCUAAUAGUAUCUUUCAGAAUAAUUGAAGUGCACUCACAAUAUGUAGGCAUAAAGUAAGGAAAUUGGUUCACUCAGGAAUUGAAUAAUAGGAAUUUCACUUCAAACACUAGCUGGCUAGCUCUGUAGGAUGCAAAUUGUACUUAAGUUAGUUUUUUCUAAUAAUGACAUGAACUGUCAGGAGAUAAUAUCAUUUACAGAAUUCUCUGCCUGUACGUGUAACACACAUACACUUGCUCCAUCCACUGUUUUGUAGCAAGAUCACAUGCUUUAAACUGCUUUACAACACAAAUCAUUUAGCUAAUCUCAGAACUGAAAUGUCAUUUGCUUGAUAGCCAUAACAAUCCUCUCCUAAGUCGUGUCUUUUGGCUAAAAGUCUCCACGAGUUUUCAGCACCUGUUCGGGUACCAUUUGCAGUAUGCUAAUAUGUUCUAUGCUGCUUAAUUUACCCUGAUAUUGCCCAUAGAUUACAGUCAGAAUCAAAAGGUUUUCUCACAUUCCCAGAACCAAUCAAUUUGCAUGCGGCUCUCUCUGACAUCAGAAUGUUUGGGUCAAUAACAAGCAGCUUGUACCACUAACGCAUACUAGUACUAAGUGGCUGACUCACCCUCAAAUGCAACAGAUGCCCUCCACUGUUCUGCUCAGAUACCACAGUAAGCCAGAAGGUUUAUAGUUCAUGGUGGAAGGCAUACUUUGCAGGUUCAACCCUUGCAUUUCCAGGACAGGAUGAGAAAUACCCUUGCCUGAAACCCUGGAAAAUCGCUGCCAGACAGUGGAGGCAAUACUGAAGUUAAUGGACUAGUGGCUUGGCUCAGAUUCCUAUGUUCUAAAAGUUAGUUGAAGACUACCAGGAACUGAUUCACAUUAGCAGGUGUGCCCCCCCCCCGUAUUAUCACUUCUUGCUUCCUUGUGAUUCACAUGAUGCUCAUUCCCACUUGAGUUGGUACCACUAACUUUUGACCCUUCUGGGAUUUCUCAGAGAAGUUUAAUGCUGACUAUUGUGUUUUGCUGCUGGUCUUCGUCUCAUGUGCACCAGCUGCAUGAUAUUUCCACUGAUACUGGUGAGAGUGGCUUCGUUCCUACAGAACCAGUUCACCAUCAUUUCCUUACCUUCCUCCUGCGCUCCAUAUUUGACCUUGGACUGCAUCUGUCUGAAGAAAAAGAACUCCCUAUUGAAUGCAAUCCCUUGAGUCAGGGCUUUUUUCCAACCAAAACUCACCAGAACUCAAUUCUGGCACCUCUCAAAUGGGCAACAUUGCUCUUCUAAGAGAACAAGGGAGAUGUUGGUGAGUUCCGGCACCUCUUUUUCUAAAAAAAAUAGCACUCCUUUUAAUCAUGACAAGUGACUGAAAACAUAUUCUGUGUGCCAUGUUUUGCAUUUACUUGUGUGAUGAUAAAUGGGUAUACUUUUAAAAGAAUGCUUGCAUUUUCUCUUAAGUUCAGGUUUCAUUGGGAGUGAACUCUGUAUUUUUUUGUUCCCACCUUGUUUUAUUAGUUGCCCAAAAUAAUUCAGACAUUGAGUUUCCUUAAAUAUAUUGUUGGAAUACUGCUGUCACAAUAGAAAGAAAGCAGCAUCAGGUUUAAAAAAGAAGUCAUUCCUGUUCAGUUUUUGAAUCCUUCAAUUUUCUUACCACAAUGUAUUGCCUUUUAUAUUUAAUCCCAUCAUUUUAAACUAGUUUGUGAUUUAAUCCCAUCAUCUAAAAAACCGGAGAGCACUCCACACUAUUUCAGGGGGUAAGUACCUACAGAUCUUGAUGAUAUUAUGACAACUUAAAUGGUUCCUUAAGGGCUCCAUCACUCAAAAUAGGGAUUUUGACUGCAAGUAAUCCUAUCAGAUCUGUACUAUUUUAGUUGACAAAACUACAGUAAUCCUCUUUACAAUUCUUCUAUAUUUAUUAAGUAUUUAGCUAGGUUUUCUUAACGUCUGUGUCUUCUAAGAAGUGAAAUUAAUACACAUGUUGCUACCUAAACUGCAGCACGCUGCAGGAAGCUGAUCAACAAAGUAACAAGCAUUAGAAGAAGAAAGGACUGACUGAUUUAUUAAAGGAAAAGGCAGUUUCCUGCAGAAGCUGUCAUCCUCGAAUCUUCAAUUGGUGGGUCAUUUCAUCCUCAGCAGGGACUCAAUGCAUGAAGUCUCAUCUUUACUCUAUGCUCAAUCAGUACGGCACUUCUGCCUGUACUGCAGUAGCAGUUUGGAUUCCUAUUGAAACGCAUGAUGACAUGAUUUUUUUCAUAACUUUCCAAUAUCUGACUGUACAACUGCUAUUAUAAAAAAGCUUUUUGGGCCAGUUCGAUUUCCCAUAUCCAUGAAAGUAGAGCAAGUGAAGGUAUUUGUUUCUGUCUAGGGUUGCCCUAAGACAGUUGUUCAUACAUUUCAACUUUGAAAAGGGGUGCCACCAUUCACAGCCUCUUCCAAAAAUAGCAAGAUGCAUUCUAAAAGCAAUGUUGACAUUUGGAAAGCUUGUCAGCAACUUGUCCAUUAUUUGUGCAAAAACAAUUUCAGCCAGAGAUUACCUGCUUGCCUGCAUACAUAGAGAAAAGUAAUAAAAAUGCAUCUGUGAAUGCGUGUUCGAGAUCUGAUGGCUGGGUGUCUAUUAAUGCCCUUGUUCUACAGGCCACUUCACCACUAGACCUAUCCACACAAAAACUAAGCUUUUCCUUUAGUGUGGCGUAUGUUGCGCUCUCUCUCUCUCUCUCUCUCUCUCUCUCUCUCUCUCUUCUCAAUGAUAAGCUUGUCCAUUACAGAAUAGAAGGGCUGUGUGCAGAAAUUGUCACUGGCACUCAAAUGUGUGUCAUUAAUAUCCAUGCCAACUUUUUAUUUAAAAAAAGGAUUCUCAGUUGUUUACAUUGUGUAGUCUCUUGGUAGUUGGAUGGUAGGAGUCCUUUUGCCAUUAUUUUGUUCAUGUUUGUUUUUACUAUACAAAAGUAUUCACAAUGUCAUGGGAUGGACUCAGUUACUAGCCAUUUAGAACAGCUGGAGGAGAAGCAACCAUUGUUUAGAUUUCCAAAGGGCCAUGCACUGGGCUAAGACGGGGAUAAGGUUUCCAAGCACCAAUAUUUGGGGUGGGGGCAAGACCUGGAUUGAUACUUUGGUGGGAAGAGGAAGCCAAAUGCAGAACAUGAGAAAGAGAAAUAGGAGUGGGGGUCUAGUAUGCCAAAGAAAAAUUGGGCAGGGCAGGGAGCUAGGCUUGAAUGAUUUUAAGGGAGAUGCCUAGAUAGAGAUUUGGAGGGAAGAAGGAUACAGAAUGAAAGAGAGAGUUAAGGAGACCUACCCUGAUGGGGGAUAUCUGUCUAUCUGUAGAUAUACCGUAUUUUUCUCUCUAUAACACGCAGAUUUUUUCUCCUGAAAAGGAAGGGGAAAUGUCUGUGCGUGUUAUUGAGCGAAUGUGUGGUCCCUGGAGCCGAAUGGCGCGAGUGGAGGCAAAAAUCAGGCAAAAAUCAAAUCGUGUCUCGGAGAAGGGAAACCUGAAAAGAGGAAGCGGCUGCUUUCCUGCAUUCUGCCUCAGGGUCUUACUGCCCACCCACUCUGUUUCGUUGCUGUGUUUGCUCAAACGGAACAAAGAGCAGGGAAAACCCCUCCCCUCCAGGCAAGCAGAGGGGAAAGCAGAGCGUCCUUCCUUCUAAUUCCUCUCCAUGCUCCGGAGGGAACAAUGUUUGUGAAGGGAAGAGAGAUUACAGGUUCAGCUUAAAAUUCUGAUUUGACUUCUUGCUUUUGUUUUUGAGGACACACAGCAUUCAAAUAUGCUUUCUUCCAUUUAAAAGGAUGAAAUCCUUAAACAGUGUUUUGCCUGUAAAUUCAUGCGAUCUGGAAGAUUACAGUGUCUGUACCUCUUAAGGGAUGGCAAAGCUUAGGUUUCGCUGCUAAAUAGUUCUUAAUGCAGUCAAAAUGCUUUCUUCUGUCGAGGCAAUUAAAACAUGUAUAUAUCAGGCAGCCGGAAAACAUGCAGGUGGGAGAGAGAGAGCGCGAGCUGGCUGGCUUGGGUGGGUGGGUGGGGGGAAACUUUUGCCUUCCUUUCCUCCCUCCCGUUAUACCCCUCUCCUGCAUUCUUAGCCAGCUGCUUCUCUGCACACCCCUCUCGUGCUCCUUGUCCCUUCUGUGUUUUUCCUUCCCUCCCCACUUAAAAUGUGGUUACAAAGCAUGGAUCCACAUGGAUCCUCAGGAUCUUUGCAUUGGGUCACCCCAAAUUCACCAUCAGAGCACAUAGCAUGUCCAUGGCUACAGCCUGCCCCCCAAAAAUCACGCACCCACUGUUGCCUGGGGCUGCAAUGGUGCAAAAACGUGGUUACAAAGCAUGGAUCCACAUGGAUCCUCAGGAUCUUUGCAUUGGGUCACCCCAAAUUCACCAUCAGAUCACAUAGCAUUUCCAUGGCUACAGCCUGCCCCCCCAAAAUCACGCACCCACUGUUGCCUGGGACUGCAAUGGUGCAAAAACGUGGUUAGAAAGCAUGGGUCCACAUGGAUCCUCAGGAUCUUUGCAUUGGGUCAGCCCAAAUUCAUCAUCAGAGCACAUAGCAUGUCCAUGGCUACAGCCUGCCCCCCCAAAAACCACGCACCCACUGUUGCCUGGGGCUGCAAUGGUGCAAAAACUUGGUUACAAAGCAUGGAUCCACAGGGAUUCUCAGGAUUUUUGCAUUGGGUCACCCCAAAUUCACCAUCAGAUCACAUGUCUGUGGCCACAGCAUGAAGCACAAAAAUGAUACAUCCACUGUUUCAUUCAGAAUGUUUUUUCCCUUGUUUUCCUCCUCUAAAAACAAUGUGCGUGUUAUGGUCAGGUGCGUGUUAUAGAGCGAAAAAUACGGUACAUCUACAGAGGCCUGCACAUUGGCAUGGUUGCAUGGCUGGCAUUAGGACAGUAAGCACACUCAGCUGUCAUUGAUUUCUGUCUUCAUGAAACAAGCACCUCAUGAAAAAAAAAAUUAUCAAAAAGCUCUGCCUUUUCAUCUUAGGGCUGGACAAAUCUGUCAUGGUUGGUUUCUUAUUUUUCCAAUCUUAUGUUCAGUUCUCUAUAUUUCCACAUCAGUUUGCAGUUUUUAGAAAACCCUCGUGAGAAUUCACCAUCAUUUUAGUGCCUGCAGUGACACAUGUUAUAUGCACCUUUGCCUAAUAUACCCAUUUUAGCAAAGCAAUUUUCCCUAAUACAAUGCAUUUUUGUAUGUGACCCUCACUAAUGCAAUAUAUGAUUUUUUUUAUAAGCGUACUUUACCCAAGUAUAUGUGUUUUUGUACAUAUUACUUGGCUGGAGAACUGCAUUGCAAAAGUUAGAGAACUGUGAAUUUUGGAAGAGGACUGUGUUUUGGUUCAUGUAUUGAUUUGAGGAGUUUGAUUUAUGUAAGUUUUAAAAUGUGGACUGAAUUUAAUUUCUCUUACAUUUGUACCUCAUCUCAUAUUAUACACAGACAGCCUGAGAUUUAUUCAUUUUGUCUUUUUAUCUCUAAGCCCCACAAAGUAUCUCCUUGUCUUCUAACUUGUUCACAGAGGUAAACAAUCACAUGUCUCUUCUCUCACAGACUAUGCUGGAAACUGUAACUAGGCACUGAAUAGCAGUCUCGUGUAUAGAUCUUUGAUUAUGGGAAAUAUGCGAUGUAAAUAUUUAUAGAUCUGUCGGGGAGGGGCUGUGAUUAUGAGAUGCCGAGUGCCUACUAAGACUUUAACCUGACCCUGAUCAUAUAUGAUGGUUAUCUUACCAACAUGGCUACAGGAAUGAGCUAUUGAUGAAUAAAAGUGAAAGGGAACUGAAAGAAAAAGAGGAAGGGAGAACUGGGUAAGUGCAAAAGAGGAAGUGGUACAGUCAAGAAUUCAGAGAGGGAGAAGCAGCAUGGGGAAGACAAGUUAAGUGGUGCAGAGCCUUCUGGGAGGAGAUUUUGGGGUUAGCACCCUUCCAUCUACUCAUGGAGCUUCUUUAACUACUAACCUCAUAAUUUGGGAUCCCUUCCAAACCAGUACCAAAGUUUUGCAGGGUUUUGCAGUGGAAACCCAAUGUUUGACAGUGCUCCCAAGCUGUGUAAUUGUUACUCAAACUGGGGGCAGGGGGCCAUAACUAUGACCCCCAAACCCAACAUUGUCCAAUUCACUCCAAACAUGGGGUUUUUGGAACUGGUUUGGAGUGAAUCAGACAGUGUUGGGUGCUAACUAUGAACCCUGGCUUAAUGUAUCCAUUUCUCAGGGGAGAGGGCACUGCAAAACACAGGGUUUUCACUGCAAAACAACUGCAAAACUUUGACACUGAUUUGGAGCGGAUGCCAAAUUUCAGGGUUUGUAGUUAAUAAAGCUCACUCAGGGUACAGCCUUGGCAGGAGUUAUUUCCAUAUGCAUUCCCAGCAUGCCUUGCUCAUCUCAGUUGCUAAGCACAAGAAUUGAGCCAUCUAAAUGUUUCUACUCUGGAAUUAUAUGUCAUUAGCUUUUUAAAUUCUAAUGCCAGCCAAACAUUAUUCAUAGUUUGGAGCUUCCAGGCAGCUCAUAUUGCUUGCCCAACAGAUUAGUGAAAAUGAUUAGAAAUCUUGAGUGUUUAGAUAAUCAUGUGGAUGGUCUUUUGUUGUGGUCAUUUGCUUAACAGCAGUCCCAAACCGUUUCUUUCAGCAGAGAAUAAUGGUGUUGUAAUGGAUGCCGAACAAGCAUUAGACAAAGGAAAGCCUUUGCUCCAAAGAGUCUUUUCUCUUUCCAGAUUAAAAAUGUGGAAGAUAACGUAAAGGGAAGCAGAAACGGGAGUGGGGGGAGUGAGGCUGAAUGUAAAACUUGAAGCAUAUUAACUGGGUAGAAAGAAUUUGAAGGUGUAGCUCUAGGUAGGAUAUGUUGAAAGCCGGGACCUUCAAAGUGGCUUUCUCUGAAAUGUUCCACAUGCAGAUAGGCAGAGCUUUAUAGUCUCAAUAUGUGAAUGAGAUGGUGGGGAGUUGGAUAUGUUAGGCACUGGGGAUGUUUUCGAACAAGCCAGGCCAGUACAAAAGGUUUGGGUUCUACUUAAACCAAGAUGGAACCAGAUUGUUGGUGGUUAAAACCAAAAAUAUGACAGAGCACCUUUUAAACUGAUUGCCGGGGUAAGGCUGAGAGCAGGUGAGAAGCAUCUAGUUUGGAAGAAUUCCCCCAGGGAUUGUCAGGUGUGUGUACAGGAGCUAGGCCCUGUGACCAUUAGGACUCUGCAGGAUUGGGGCCUUCCUAAGUUUGUUCUGAAGAGGCAAGGCAUGGCCACACAGGUGAGGCCCAUGGGUAACUCACAGCACCUGGUGGCAAGAGCCGGGAAGGGAUAUAAGGUCAGCAUUUUCCCUUCAGCUCUUUGCCACAGCAACACGUUCCCUGCCUUGCUGUGUUUGACUCCUUGCUUCUUGAUCCUCGGACCCCUGACUUCAUGACUUUUUGCUUCCUGAUCCUUGGCUUCUUGACUCCCGGCUCUCUGACCCUCGGACUCUUGGCUCCUGGCUUCUGGACUCCCGCUCCUGCUCCCACCCCGCCAUCUUGCCCCCGGUCCCGACGUCCCCACCCAGGACUUUGAUCGCCUGUGAACCGGACCGUGACAGGGAUGACAGAGGAGUUGUCUAUGGUUAUUUAAAGAGGGGAGGGCUAGAACUAGAUAAAUGGCAAGUAAAAGGUGACAUGAUGGAGAUAUAUACAAGUAUACAUGGUGUACAGAAAGUGCACAGGGAGAUGGAAUAAUUCUAGAACUUGGGGCCAUUUGAGGAAGCUGAAAGUUGUAUGAGCCAGCACACAUGGAAGUAUUUCUUCAUACAGUGCAUGAUUACACUAUGGAAUUCGCCCCCACAAGAUGUAGUGAUGCCAGGCAAUUUGGAUGGUUUUAAAAGAGGGUUCAACAAAGUAAUGGAAGGUAAAGCUGUCUGUGGCUUCUAGCCAUGAUGGUCCUGUUCUACCUGCUGUCAGAGAGAGUAUUCUGUUGGAUAUCAGGCAUCACACAUGGGGAGAGCACUUUUACUCCUGAGGGUCCUGCUUUCAGGCUUCCCACAGUCAUUUGGUUAGCCACUGUGAGGAAAGGAUGCUGAUCUAGAUAGACCUUUGACCUGCUCAGAAGUGCCCUUCUUAGAUUCUUAGAAUUUUUUUUGCCUUGCGAGACUUCUGACUUAAUAUGGCAAUUAUAUGGAUGUUAAGAUUUGAAGAGAACAAUGCAACUGAUUUUUCCUUUGUGUUCUUUGAAAGAUAUGGUUUCUAAUCCUUAAAGAUAGUGGAAUUUUUGAAGAGUGUGGCUAUAUCAGUAGACAUUAUUCAUGAGACUGUUGUUUCGGUACUCUAACUUACCAGAUAGGAAGCGUGUAAGCAAGCCAAUAUUGUUUGGUUUACCAGCCCAUAGGAUGGGUUAAUAUGACCUAAUGCCAGUCAUAGUCUGAGCAGUUCCACUGAAAUCAAUGGACUUCUUCUACUAAGAUCCAUUAAUCUUAAUGUGUCUACUUAGACUAUGUCUAGCAUUGGAUAUCGCCAGUAGAGAGGACAAGAGAGGAAAAGGACACAUUCCUGUGCACACAAAAGUCCAUUUUAUCAGUGCAGCAUUGGAUACAGCCCAAUUGUUUAGAAAGAGACCUCCCUAACUGCUUGAAAACAUUAUCUGAACUUGAAAGUCCGUUUUAUUUGAUGUUUUUCUAUUGCUGUUAUAUUGCUCUGUACCUUUAAAUUCAAUUACCGCAAUUCAGUCUCCCUGUAAUGAGUGCCACCUGGGAAUGGUUACUUAUGCUUCAGGUUUCAUGCAACUAGUAGCGGUGGUUACAUAUCCUCAUGACCACUGCUCCUUGUGCAUUUUUCUAAUCUAUGGGGUAUGUACCUUUGUCCUUCUUAUUGUAGUUAUAGCAUAUGGAUUGUAAUGUGUGAAGUUUAUAUAGCUUUCGUGUACACAGGUCAUUGUUUCAUAUUUGAAUUAUUUUGUAGUUGUGCUGAAGAAGAUUUCAGUGAAAGUCAUUUUAUCCGGGAUCACUGUCCUACGUCCUACGUUGUUAUUCACUUACUACUUCGGCCCCAUGAAUGCCUAAAAAGUUUUACCGCUCAGCCCACAGGAUAGCAUCUAUUACUUGGUUUCAACCAUAGACUUACUAUACUUUUACGGACUUUCAAAGAUUGACAGACGUGUGUUCAUAGAAUCAUAGAGUUGGAAGAGACCACAAGGGCCAUCAAGUCCAACCCCCUGCCAAGCAGGAAACACCAUCAGAGCACUCCUGACAUAUGGUUGUCAAGCCUCUGCUUAAAGACCUCCAAAGAAGGAGACUCUACCACACUCCUUGGCAGCAAAUGUUCAUUUGUUUUCAAAUAUAUUCGAGAAUUUACAAGUGUACACAUUUUGUUUUAGUUGUACAAAAUAAUGUAUAUUAUGCAAUAAGAACUACAGUGCUAUCUAGUAUACUGGUCUUCGUGUUGCUUGUGUUGUUGUGUUAAGUUUGCAACACGAGUUGUUUGUUCUGUAUUGGUGAAAAUAUUAUCUGAACUGGAUGGUGGCCCCAGGAUAACUUUUUUUUAAAAAAGAAACCUGUCUUGCAUCUUUGUACAAUAAGGGUCAGUGUUGGGAGACAAAGAAUUUAUGAGACCCAUCGACUGUAGGUAAUCAUUGAUCCAAAGUUAUAUUCUUAAUUCUGCUUUCAUGUGCACCAUUAUAAAUGGCAGCAUGAAGUCUGGAAUAACUGUCAAUACAAAGACGCUGGAGAAACAUUCUCGAUUUCCCAGGAGAAACAUUCACCUGUUUUAAGACCACACGGGCAAGUGAAAGUCAUUAUUAAUCCCAGAGUGUGACAAGCCAUCAGCUGAGUGUCUGUAAUUAAACAUAUGACAUUGCUGUGUUCCUUACAGGGGGCACUUCAUUGUCUGCAGAGAGUCCAAAAGGGAUAUCAGUAUGUUUCUGGAGAAAUAGUAAUAGCGGCCAGUAUAAAUAUAUCCCCACCACAUAAGGACAAAAGGAUUGCACAUUUGUCAACCUACUCUUCCAAUUGGAAAAGGGCAGUAGAAAUAGAUUAGAUGACCUUUUAAAAUUCACUUCCAUUCCUAACAUUCUGGGAAAUAGUGUGUGCUGUAAUACCAAAAUAGGCACAGUAUAACUUUCCAACAGUAGUAUGUCUAGUGUGAGGAGUCUGACAAUCAAAUAUACAAUUUCUACACUUUAGUAACAAAAGGAAUCUUCCCAUGUAAUUUAGAAACAUGGAAUCAAACAUUAGAUGAUUGGAAGCCCAAAGGAGGUUCACAAUCUGGAACAAAGUGGUGCUACCUAUCCUGGUUUGUUCGCCUAUUUUAUCAUAGAAACCUUGAGCACACUGGAUACAGAGAUAGAACUUUGUCAUGAGUACUAAUAAUCGACCGACUGUCCUUGCAUUUAGCUAGUACAUAAAUUAUAUUAGAAUGAUGUAUGUUGACUGCAUUUGUGUGUAACACUAAAUUGUGAUUUGGUACCAUGUGAAUAAGCCUUGGGCCACAUAGCCUUCUCAGAUGUUGCUCUGAGAAGUUGCUUCUGUUUUCCACUAGCCCAUGGCUUCUUGUUAUGUCCAAACAGCGACAGACUCUGGUUAGUUUUUGUAUAUUUUGUCCAAACAUAUGAACUUUAGACUGUGGUUUAUGAUCCUGGCUUGUUCAAAUAAACCAUAGUGAAGACAUAUCAUAGUUUCCACUUCAGGCUUUGGAUCUCUUCCUUGCAGCUGUACAAGAGAGAGGAGGGAGGGGAGAAGCCAGAUAGCACACAUAAAAGUUUAGCAUUACGUGAAGCAGGGCAACAUAUCUAAUUCAAGGAAUAUUUUGCUCAUGCAAUCUAGGAUCAUAGUAUCAUAGAAUUGUAGAGUUGGAAGAGACCACAGGGGUCAUCUUGUUCAACCCCCACCAAUGCAGGAAUCUCUUGCCCAUGUGGGCGUUGAACCCACAAUCCUGAGAUUAAGAACGGAUCUACACUGGUUGUCUAUAAUGUUUAAAAUGUGUUAUUAAAAUGUGACACUACAGGGCGCUAUAGAGCAGCGAGCCUUCAGUAAUGGAAAAUUGCACUGAGAGUUAUAUAGCGUUAUAUUUAAUGACGUUUUUACAGAUCAAUGUCGAUCCAGCCUAAGAGUCUCAUGCUCUACUGACUGAGCUACGUCCUAUAUAGUAUAUCUGCAGCUAGGUAUCUUUAAUCUAGCAGUCCCUACCCUUCUAAACAGUAUACCAAGUGUAAAGCUCCUCUAAUUAAAAUCAGGGCUGAGCUAACACAGAGAGAGCAGGGUUAUUUUGCAAACAUUUUGGUUGAUCCUUGUGUCAAACCCCAUCUUCUGAUGUAGCUCAACAGUGCCUCCUAGCAUGUUUUGGGAGUUAAUAGACAUCCAAUGAAGCUGAACAUUGGAAGAUUCAGGAGAGAUAAAAGAAAGUACUUCCUCAUGCAGCGCAUAGUUACAUUAUGGGACCAGUUCCCAUAGGGGGACAGUCAUGGCUACCAACUUGGAUGACUUAAAGGUGAAAAUUCAUGGAGGGGAAGGUGCUAACCAUGGUGGCUGUCCUCAGUUGGAGGCAGCAAUGCUUCUGAAUACCAGUUACUGGAAACCAGAAGAGGGGAGAGGGCUUUAGUGCUCAAAACCUGCUUGCUGGUUUCCCACAGACAUUUGGUUGGCCAUUGGCCUGAUCCAGCAGCCUCUUUUUAUGUUCUUACACUAACCUCUUCAGUUGACCCUGAAUGGAUAGCUUUCUACUGUAUUGUCCUUAAAUGCACAUUCUCCAGUUAAGCUCUUUUCUAUAAUAGCUCGGUAGUCUGAAUUGGCCACACCUUUUGUAAUGUAAAUUCAUAGUCAUUAGGGAGGUGGAACUAGUGUAUUGGUAAAUUUCUGGUUGGCUACAUGGACCUCUGACAUGGAAUUUAUUUUGCCAUUGGACAACACAUUGGUAGGACAUCACAGGUAUGCAGAGCUUCCUUUUUGAGCAGUCUCCCACUGCUCUUGGCUCCGCAUUCAUCUCAGGGCAUACUGGGCAUGCUGCAUGGUGAGCAGGCCUUUCAUUCUGUGGUCUCAAGGUGAACAAGUCACUUGAGUGCUACUUUGAGAGGUAUAGAAGCAUCUCCCUUUGGAAUGAAUGGUCUAACCAUGAUGCUGCAGUGUGACAAAGCAGCAUCCUGAUGAGAGAUGCUAUCAUGGCUCUGCAUCUCAGUAGGUUUAAACUGUUCAUGGGAGGCAUAUUUGGAGUGUGCAGAACUUCUUUUUUAAGAGCAACACUGCAGGCAACACACUGAAUAUCUUCCUUUUUCAAGUAUCUACUUGUAUGGUACAUUGAGAUUUAAAAUAUUCCAGCUGGAGAGGUUCCUUACCACAGAUGUGGGAGGGAACUUAACCAGCUUUAGGAGACCUUAAUUAUCUAAUUUAAUAAGAGGGUAAUUUAUAUUCUACAGUGAGUUAAGUUGUGAUACUAAUUACUUCUACAGUUCCAGUAAAAGAUCAGCCUUAGGUACCAAAUGCAACAAAAUCUACACUUAGGUUUUUCCAGUGUAGAAAGUUAAUGAAUAAUGUACUCUAAAAUGUAGUUACUCUAGACUACAAAUUUGUAUAUUUUGUUUAUUGAAUCAAAAAGGUAGGUAUUUCAUAAGCUACAAGUGUGAGUUAAGAUGGAGGUGUUGCCUUCAUUAUGACUCUUCACUUUUAUGAUGCAUCCAGGAAUAUUACAAGGCAAAAGCACUGCGUUUGGCCAGCAGGGGCGAUGGUUGGUAGGGUGUUUACCUGUUUCUGGGGAUGAAUUUCCACAACUAAACCCCUUGUGUGGAGGAGACACUGUUCCCCCACUAUCACUGUGUGUGACAAGGAAAUAGAGAUAUAUGCUGCAUGUUCUGUCUUACGAGUUACGAUCUCACUGUUUUGGAAUUUUAAAAUGGCAGAUGCUGACUUGCACCAUAUCUGUACAGCUCAGGACACCAAUACCUCAAAGAUUGCUUCUCCUCACAUGAAAUAACCUGGACCAUGCCAUUAUCAACUGAUACUAUUCUCUGUGUGCAUCAAGUUUGGAGCUGAUGUAAAUGUGCAGUCAAUGGAGACACAACCAUUGAUUGAAGGUGCAUAGCCCUGUAUAUACCAGGAGCACCUCGACCCCCAUCGUUCAGCCCAGACUUGGAGGUCCAGCUCCAAGGGCCUUCUGGCAGUUCCCUUAUUGUGAGAAGUGAUGUUACCGGGAACCAGGCAGAAGGCCUUCUUGGUAGUUGUGCCCUCCUUGUGGAAUGCCCUCCCAUCAGAUGUCUAAAGAGAUAAACAAUUACAUUACUUUUUGCAGACAUCUGAAGGCAGUCCUCUUUCAGGAAGCUUUUAAUGUUUGAUGUUUGGUUGUGUUCUUUUAUAUUCUGUUGGAAAGUGCCCGGAGUGGCUGGGGCAGCCCUGUCAGAUGGGUAGAGAACAUGAAAUAAAUUAUUAGUAUUAGUAUUAGAUACUGCAUAAAUGCAUUCCGUGUGUGCCAUCCCUGUGCCACCCAUGCCUCCUCCCUGUUUUAAUCACACCCCUGGCAUAUCUUCAGUGGAUCAGCUCCACCAGCAGUGUUUCACUUGCAUAUCUGUCAUGGCAGUAGCAAAUUUCACAUACUGCUGGCAUGGCAGGGCUUCCAUCAAAUCCUAUGGCACCUUAUUCAGUGGCUCCUGAGCAUAUUUUUGCACCCUAAAACUCUUUUUCAUUAUUAACUUUAUUUGAUUGAGUAUGAUAAAUAAAAAAUGUUAGACCUUGGUCAGAUGAACCGUUACAAACAAUGUACAGUGGUACCUCAGGUUACACACACUUCGGGUUACAGACUCCGCUAACCCAGCAGCAGUACCUCGGGUUAAGAACUAUACCUCAGGAUGAGGACAGAAAUGGCGUGGUGGUGGCACGGCGGCAGCGGGAGGCCCCAUUAGCUAAAGUCGUACCUCAGGUUAAGAACAAUUUCAGGUUAAGAACAGACCUCCGGAACGAAUUAAGUUCGUAACCAGAGGUACCACUGUAUAAUCAAACUGAAUAUCAUUUACUCUGUUAUGGUGUAGCACACUAAAGUCAGAAAGGAAUUGCUUUUGUUGGCAUUCUAGAAUAGUAGCUUUAUUGGUAUGUGGUACCAAAUAAAAUAAAAUCCUCUGAGCAUGACUCCAGGGGGCUUACCUCUAAGUAGAUCUGCAUAGAACUGGGAAUUCUAAUCAUGCUAAAGAUUGAAGCAAGGCCCUCUUUAUUCUGGACUAGUUAACCCAGGACACUUUUGCCUCUGGCUCCAAUUGUCCUCAAUCCUUCCACUACCUGCAUGCGGCCCUCAAUGCAUUACAGAGGGAAUACAGUUCUCAACAGAAAAAAUGAGCCCAGCCUUGCUUUGUAUAAAUAACCUGAUUCACAAUCACUAAGGAGAUGUUGAAUUGCCACUCUACACCUUAAACCACAGUAUCAUUUAAUAUGGAUUAGCCAACUGUUUAACUAUUGUGUUAAGUAGUUGAAACUGUCUUUUAUUUGCCACUCUUCUAAAGCACAUGGAAGCGUCCAUUAUUACAGCCUCCUAUUGAUUCUCGCCUUUCUUUUGGACUCAAGUGCUCCAAUAUGGAUUGAAAAUGCCGUCCAUUGAACAUUCAGAAGAGUGAGAAUGCUUUAACCGUACUUUGACCAAGGUUUUUUUUUAACUGCAAAACAGUUGUUGAAGCAUGUUAAAUGAUUACGUUAAGUGAGCUUGUGGAAACUUAACAGUCAGUUCAGUCACACAUAUUUGGAGAAAAUGUCGAAGGUUUGAUCAGGCUCCACAGCAAGAGUUAAAAACUUGUUAUCAGUGGCAUAUGAAAACUAUUCAGAAAAGGGUCUGUUCUGAAAGCCUGUUUGAUUUCAUUCUUGCCAUGCUGAAAUGUUUUUUAGAGAAAAUGUCUGAGCUUUUCAUUAGCAUAUUCUUAUCCAGGUGAAGAACAAGCAUCCUGUUUAGUAUUAUCCUGGGGAAUCUGAUAAUUUAAGAUACUCUUCUCAAUUAGUCACAGUAGUCCCCUUUGGGAAUGUGCCUGACCAAUAUCUCCUAAACAGUCCAUGGACUGAAAAUUGAUGAAGGAACUAGAGGACGGCUUUUAUAAGGCCAGAAUGCUGCUCCUUAUGAUGAGCUCCUUUGUGAUAGUACCUCUGAGGAAUAUCCUUAAGAGCAAGAGACUGACAGCAACUUUGUUUUUCCUCUCAUGUGACAUCAAAGCAUGCCAAAAUAGGUGGGAUAUUGGAACGGUAUCGCUACCCUGCUUCCAUUUUUAUAUGAGGAAUGGCUGUUCUGUGGCUCUGCAGAAGUUGCUGGGCUACAGCUCCCUUCCUCCCUAAUUAUUGGUCAUGCUGGAGGAGACCAAACAACAUAGGGCCACAGGUUGCCAUCCCUGUUUUAUACCCUGGUCUGGCUCCCUGGCAGAUAAAGAGUUUAGUAAGGAGCAGGUGUGUUGGCAAAUGCAUACAGCAUAGCACACUCUUAAUAGUUCUAGGUUCCUUGUUAUGGAAGCCAUAUUAACUUUCCACAAAACAGAUGGCAUAGUCAGAUGUUGUUGCCUUUGCCUUCACUAUGUAUAACCAGAGAUCCACAAUAAGAAAGAAUGGUGUAGUGAUAGUUCUAAGUGUCAAUGUUUUUCUUUUGUAGGGAAGUUGAUCAGGAUUCUGAUGGCCAUAUUAGCUUCAAAGACUUUGAAUCGGCAAUGAACUAUGGACAGGAUAAUUUGUCAGCGCUUCCUCUCAUCUAAUGAAAGCAGCCAAAGAAAAAACUCCAUAGCCAAGGUUUUCUAAAAUCUACAAAACAUUUUCCUUCAGAAUCUUUUUUAAACAAAUCAAGGUAGAUAUGCUGCCAUGAACAAGCUGUCUUUUGAACCUUCUAUGGAAUGUAUUGUGUCUUUAAACAUAUAUUCUUUUUUUCCAAUAAAUUGUUUUUUGA